AUGCGCGCGCAAACGUGACUGUAACACGUGGGAAGAGGAAGGGGAGGAGUGGAAGCUGAUAGCAGGGACAGGCAGAAGCAGUGUUUAGAGUGGCUCAUGUUUUGACAAGUUAAGUUUUGUUAUCUUAUAAAAUAAAAGAAAGAAAGAAGGAAAAUAAAUAAAGGAAGGAGAAGGAGAGAAUAAAAAGAAAGAGAAAAAGAGACCCUUGAUAUAUUGAUAUAAUAUAAGGAAGGUAAAGAAGAAGAAGGCAGAAAAAGUAGAAACACGUAAUAAAAACUGGCACCCAAUACAGCGUUGUUUUUGGUGUUUGUAAUAAAAGGGAAAAGAGGGGGUGGGGUGGGGAGCACUGUGCGGAGUGCAGAUCAAAACGUAAGAGUAAAAGUAGUAAGUAAAACUAGUAAAAGUAAAAAAAUGUUUUAGAUCCUAUAUAUAUAUAUAUAUAUAUAUAUAUAUAUGGCAUUUAACAAUCAGGACUGAUACACUAAUCUAUAUUAUGUUCUUUUUCUUCAGUUGCACUUAAUGUGUAAAAAUUAUUAUAAGCAAAAGUGUGACUUUUUUGUUUUAUUCCCUUUUUUUUUCCAUUUUCAACAUUUUAUUUAUGAUCUGGUAACUUAUCACUGCAAAAAGCUCAUGUACCUCUAUUAAUUUUGCAGUAAGUAAGCUUCUGGGGGGAGGGGGGCUAGCGUUUCAAAGCAAAAUACAAUUUUAAAUGAAUCUAGGCUGGUGUAAUAAUUGAGUCUCCCUGGUGUGAGCGGGUAGUUAAUCCUGCUCACAACAAACCAUUAGGACAUUCCAUGUCAUACUAACGGUGUUAAAUCCCACUAUUGUUAGGAUCGCAUGGAAUGUCCUAAUAUCCUUUAGGGGUUACAAAAAAAAGUACAUUAUUAGUGUGGUUGCACUUAAUAUGAAAGGUAAAUUAUGGUUGGACAAACACAUGGCUCAAAUUCGAGAUUUUGUUUUGGUUCAGAACUUGUUCAAUUGCCUCUGUCCUCAAAUGGUUAAAAAAAUCUUUAUUAAAGUUUUGUUCUAAUCUACAGCAAUUUCAGUAAUUCAGAUUGUCUGUUGUCUGUCGAUCCAGCUACAUAUACAUACACUGUAACCAACUUCAACAAAACAAACGGGGUGCAGCUGUGGCCCUUGACAGGUCGGUGUUCUCUUGUGUAUCACCAUAGUUCCAAGUGGAUCUCUCGCCUUACCAUUGUGGGAGAUGCUGGAGAGAUUUGUUAAAAGUUUAAUCAAAGUAUGUGGAUAUACUAAAUACAAUGAUUUAUAGAAAUUAUUUAACACAGGAUUAAUCACUAAAGUCUAAAUAGUCAGAAAGUCAAAGUGAUUUUCAUUUUGGGCCAUAACAGCCAAACUUAAAGCAUAGUUCACUAUAAGUAAAUCUGGUUAUUUUGGCCAUAAAGGGACACUCUGGUCACCAUGACAACUUCAUCAAAAUGAAGUUGAUAUGGUGCCAGGAGGCUGCCGAACACACAUGUACCUUUAUAUAAAUAGGGAGCUACUGACUGGCUUAGAGUGUCAACUGACCCCUCUAGCCAAUCAUCAAUGCCCCUCUAGCCAAUCAGCGGUGCCCCUCUAGCCAAUCAGCGGUGCCCCUCUAACCAAUCAGCUGUGCCCCUCUAGCCGAUCAGAGGUGCCCCUCUAGCCAAUCAGCGAUGCCCCUCCAGCCAAUCAUCAAUGCCCCUCUAGCCAAUCAGCGGUGCCCCUCUAGCCAAUCAGCAAUGCCCCUCUAGCCAAUCAUCGGUGCCCCUCUAGCCAAUCAGCGAUGCCCCUCUAGCCAAUCAGCGGUGCCGCUCUAGCCAAACAUCGAUGCCCCUCUAGCCAAACAUCGAUGCCCCUCUAGCCAAUCAUCGAUGCCCCUCUAGCCAAUCAGCGAUGCCCCUCUAGCCAAUCAGCGGUGCCCCUCUAGCCAAUCAUCGGUGCCCCUCUAGCCAAUCAGCGGUGCCCCUCUAGCCAAUCAGCGGUGCCCCUCUAGCCAAUCAUCGAUGCCCCUCUAGCCAAUCAUCGAUGCCCCUCUAGCCAAUUAGCGGUGCUCCUCUAGCCAAUCAGCGGUGCCGCUCUAGCCAAUCAGCGGUGCCCCUCUAGCCAAUCAGCGGUGCCGCUCUAGCCAAUCAGCGAUGCCCCUCUAGCCGAUCAGCGAUGCCCCUCUAGCCGAUCAGCGGUGACCCACUAACCGAUCAGCAAUGCCCCUCUAGCCAAACAGUGAUGCCCCUCUAGCCGAUCAGCGAUGCCCCUCUAGCCGAUCAACGGUGCUCCUCUAGCCGAUCAGCGAUGCUCCUCUAGCCGAUCAGUGGUGCCCCUCUAGCCGAUCAGCGGUGCCCCUCUAGCCAAUCAGCGGUGCCCCUCUAGCCGAUCAGCGGUGCCGCUCUAGCCAAUCAGCGGUGCCCCUGCAUGGUGGCACGCUACCUGUAACUCAGAUUCAGAAGGCGCUGCCACCUGGGGAACCAGCUGAUCGUGCUGGAGACAACCCUUCGCUUUCAACCGUUCGAGAACAGUUUAACCCCUUAAGGUAUGAGUGUGCCCGGGGCCUCCUCGCACCAUAACAACUUCAUUUAGAUGAAGUUGUUAUGGUGACCGGAGUGUCCCUUUAAAUUAACUUUGCAUUCUAAUCGAUUCACGGUUUAGUGAAUGAGCCUAUUUUUACAGCUCAGCAAUUUUGGUAAUUAAUAGUUUGACUUCCUUGUCAGUUCUCAUCCACUCUCAGUUUAGUAAAUAAGCCCCUCCCUGCUCAUGCUGAGGGCCAGUUUCACAGCUGUGUAAGGCUGCCAUCUUGUGGCCUCCAGGACUCCCAACAGCAGCCAUUUAUCCUCAACCUGGCAACUCCGAGUGCUAAUCCGCCAUCUUGAAAAUGGGCAGGGGGGUGGGGAGAUGGGAACUGUCUAACCAAAUCACGUGACUGGAGGGAGGGGGCGUGGCUCUCCUGACGCCUGUCUUUUGACGUGAGCACUCAGCUGUGCUGCUAAACCUCUCCAAAGAUGGCGUCCGGAGCCAGGCUGUGGGGGAAUGGGGGACACUAGGAGUGCGGGGUAAUGACACCUCCCUGAGGACCCCCCGGGCUGAGGUGAGUCUCGCCCUCCAUCACAGAGAGGGAGCAGGUCCUGCCCAGGGGUGGGGGGUGUUGGAGAGAAGCAUUGCCCCCCCCCUCACUGUAUGUUUUUGGGGGGCAGGUCGAGUUCAGUGAAAAUAUAGGGGUCUAACCACCACAACCACAUCCCUUCAUCAUGGGAUUCCCCUCCCUGCUGUGUCAGUACAGGUCAGUGAGGGCUAACCUUGGCACCAUGAAUUGUGUCUGGACUACAUUCCCCAUGACGCUCAGCCAGCUUUUAGACUGACUAACAUGAGGGGGAGGUAGGCACCUGGGGUGCACUGCAUGCCCCUUGAUGCUCAGCCUAAAAGCUCACACAGUAUGAUGGUUAAUCAGAUACAUGCAUGUCCAGAAAUGCUCAGCCAGCCCUUAGCAGGGCUGCCUAAGCAUUAUGAGGAAUGCAGUUUGGAGCCAUUAGUGUUGCACUAACUUUGGUUAAUCAGAUACAUGCAGGUGCACUGUCCAGAAAUGCUCAGCCAGCCUUUAGCAGGGCUGCCUGAGCAUCAUGGGGAAUGCAGUUUGGAGCCAUUAGUGUUGCACUAACUUUGGUUAAUCAGAACAUGCAGGUGCACUGCAUGUCCAGAAAUGCUCAGCCAGCCUUUAGCAGGGCUGCCUGAGCAUCAUGGGAAUGCAGCUUGGACCCAUUAGUGUUAAACUAACUUUGGUUAAUCAGAAACAUGCAGGUGCACUGCAUGUCCAGAAAUGCUCAGCCAGCCUUUAGCAGGGCUGCCUGAGCAUCAUGGGAAUGCAGCUUGGACCCAUUAGUGUUAAACUAACUUUGGUUAAUCAGAAACAUGCAGGUGCACUGCAUGUCCAGAAAUGCUCAGCCAGCCUUUAGCAGGGCUGCCUGAGCAUCAUGGGGAAUGCAGUUUGGACCCAUUAGUGUUAAACUAACUUUGGUUAAUCAGAAACAUGCAGGUGCACUGCAUGUCCAGAAAUGCUCAGCCAGCCUUUAGCAUGGCUGCCUGAGCAUCAUGGGGAAUGCAGUUUGGAGCCAUUAGUGUUGCACUAAUUUUCCCUUUAGGUGCAGCCUGCCUUUAGGCUGAGCGUCAUGAGAACUGUAGUUCAGAGACAAUCUGGGUAUCAAGUCACUAAAUAAACAGCUUUGUUAAAUGUACACAUGCAGGGUCUGUGUAAUGUUAUUAAUAUAGUAUUUCCUGUACACCUGGCUGCCAUUUCCUCCUUUUACAUGUACACCUGAAGCAAUGUGGUUAAUUCCCUACGCCAGGAGGUGAUUUCUCCAAAUUGCACUGGGCCUAGCUAUGUCUAUGGCUGCCUCUCCUUUCCAGUCCUGUCACUGUGACAGCUGCAGAUUUAUCCCCCAGCUUCUCUCAGCUGUCACUUGGAGAAAUUGCCUGCUCCCAGUUUUCAUAAAGCUGAUUUAAGCUGAGGAAGUGUGUGUGUGUUGCAGGCCAGAGGUGGUCAUCUACGUUCUCCUGGAACCUGCAGUGGGGAGAUCUGGGAAAUAAACACAUCCUGAAUUAGGCAUUUUUAUUUUCAAUUUUGCCUCCUUGAAACCACAAAAUGCCAUCUUAUUUAAUUGCGAAGCACCAUGUCGGUCUGUUCCAUAAUAUCUUUUUUUACAGAUUGUUUUCCAGUGCCAGCUCAUACCAGCUUGUAAAUUGUGCCCCUAUAUGGUUAAAAGGAAAUGUGUGCAGCUUUUGUACAUAUGGUGUUUGCUACAGAGAAAGGAAGAUAUAAAGCGAUGGUUCUGAGUAAAAGCAGUUCUAGUUCUAAAUCUUAGAAUGUGUGCUCGUACUGCAAGGUGGGGUAAUACUCAUUGGGUGUUCCACUCCAGGUAGUAACUGGUUUAACAAGUUUUUACUUCCGUUUCAAGAUUCAGAAGUCCUGGAUUUAGUGAUGAUCACUGGCCUUUUUUCCAAGCCCUUUAUGGAAUGAUUGCGUUCCAGUGUAAACAAAUGCAAAAAGCAAUUAUAUUUUAGUAUGUCUUCACAAUGUCACCUGAAUACUGUCCCCUGAAAUGUCCUGUUUAUUUAGCAUUCGCCACUCUUACGAUUUUGGAUUUUUCAAGGUUACUUUGUUAUGACAGACUAAUUCCAACAUUGGACCUUGAGUAUAUAAAGUGUCAAAAUUCAGGGCCAUUCUAAGCACCAUAACAACGUAAUCUUACUCAAUUUACUCUGUAGUAGGUUUAUGAAAGUCUGUGAGUCAUUUUAUUUUUCUUUAAUGCAUAUUGUUCCUUUCUUCCUGUUUAAAGGGACAUUCCAUGUAAGGAGGACCCCACCACGGUGUCCUUACAAACAACUGUUUGUUGUUUUUAACUACAUUGAUUUUGCAGGGAGCAUAGGUCUUUAUGGUGUUUGUGUCUCUUCACAUCUCAUGUUUGUACACAGCUUAAGUGCAUAGACAUGCUGCCAUAGAAGCCUUGGGUUUAACCCCUUCAUGAUAAGUACACCUUUGUAGCUUCAGGGUGAGCAAUUUUUGAGUUUUUACCAUGUGUUUACUCAAUUGUAAUCUGUCAUUUUGUUUUUAGAGACACACAUUAAAAAUAUUUUUAAGGACAGAUAUUUGUUUUCUUUAUUCUGUAUAGUAUUUUUUUUUUUUUUAAUUCUUUAUUUUUGCCUCACUCCACUCGGGAGUAUGCAACAGACGAUAUUCCUGGAACAAAGUUAUAGCAUACAACAAGCAUGACAUUUAGACAAUGUGUAUCAGUACGGAGUGGGGGGAGGAUUUUUAUAUAUGUAUGGGCAUGCUGGUCUAACAGGUAGCCUCCACUGUAGUGUAGAACCUUACUAAAGGUACAGAUUAGCACCCUCUUAUAACAUAUCUAUGGCACAUGUGUAUCGUGCUAUAAAGAGUGGGGAGGGUGGGUUGGGGGACUUCUCAGAUAACGUGCACCCUCUGUGUAGGUUUGUCAGGAUAGCGUCUAGGUCGGGGUGUUUCAACUCCCCGUUGAGGUAACAGCUACAUUACAGAGGGGAGAAGGGUAGUUAGGUAUAAGUGGGAGCGCAGCAGCGGGUAAUAAUAACCAUCAAAAAUAACGUAAGAGAGUUAUAAUACUGUUAGUAUGCAGUUCUUCUGUAUGAUCUGGUUUUCCUUCUGGCUUGUUGGUCGCUGCAGAUGAACUGUGUGUCUUGGGCCAGUCAAGUGGCUAGGAGUGCAGGCGGGCGUCCUGUGGUUGACCGUGGCGCGAAGGUCGGGAUCUUAGACGGGUCCAGGUUUCGGAGGCGGGAGGUUGAGUCUUGUUCCGGUAGUAGCUUCAGGCUGCGCAUGUUGGCCUCUAGUUCCAGAGGGUUCUUGGCUCUGUAAAUGCCUCCCUGGUGAGUGAGGAUGAGUUGUCUGGGGUUUCCCCAGCGGUAAGGCACGUCCUGGGCUCUCAGGAUUUGGAGUAGUGGUUUCAUUGACCUGCGCCAGAGUAAUGUCUUCUUGGUGAGGUCAGGGAAUAGGAGCAGAGAUGAGCCUUCAAAUUGGAUUGGGGUUUUCCCUCUCACUGCAGAUAAGAUUAGAGCUUUGUCGUGCAUUGUUUGGAAGCGGAGAAUAAGAUCCGCCGUGGCCGUGGCAGGGGCAUUUUUUGGCAUUGGUAGCCUGAACAUGCCAUCCAGUUUUAGUGCCUUUGUUAGUUUGGCCGGUAGCAGAGUUGAGAUGAGACGCCUUAUGUAGUGCGGCGUUUCCUCUGUACUCACUGUGUCAGGGAUGCCCCUCAGUUUAAGGUUGUACCGUCGCCUCUGUUCUUCCAGGGUGUCAACUCUGGCCUCCAUGCCUUUCUGGGCUAGUUGUAUUUCUUCCAGCCUCUGCUCUACUUUAAUUAGUCUGGAAUCCUGGUUGCUAUAUGUGGCCUCUAGGGCUGUAAGUCGGGUAAGUGCACCAGCUACUGUCUCUUUAAAUUGUGAGAUGUCGGCUGCUAUAUUGGAGCGCAGCUCCUCCAGCAUUGAUUUCAGCAUAUUUUUAGUGAUCGGUUCUUGGCCAGCAGGUGGUGUAGUUUGUACCUUUGGUACAGCUCCCAGCAUGGCUCCUCCGUCCGUAUCCGCGUGGAAGUCCUCAGAGGAGUAAGAAGAUGUUUCAUCUUCCAUAUGCGGCGCCAUAUUGGGCCAUGCGGUCUGCUGAGCGCGCCGCAGGAGAUCGCCGAUAUCUCGGCUGCUGGGCGCCCGGUCCGCCUUAGUUUUCUUUGAUUUUCGGCCCAUGUUCCUGCGACCAGCUGCAGGGUAGGUGACUGCCCUUUUGCUCCGGUUUUCGGGCGUUAUAUUGGCCGUUUGGCCCACUUAGUGUCGGAGCUCGCGGGAGAUGCGUCUGGCCGGGUCCGCUGCUAGCUCCGCCCCCCUGUAUAGUAUUUUAAUCUCAGAAUUUAUUUUCUAAUUACAUCUACUUGUUCAUUGAGCAAAGGACAUGGUUCCCUUGGAUAAUAUACACGGUUUUAGCUGCACACACAUCAAUGUGGGGGCAUGAGAUCUGCAGUUUCCUCUCUGACCCCUCCCUGUUAUUGAGAUGCUGUUAUGAGGCUGAGCAAUUAAUUAUUUCAAAAUUUGGGAAUAUUUUGGGUAAAACAAAAAACCCUAUUCUCUAGGUAUAAACCCAUCAGACAUGCUUAACGUAUUCCAAAAUAAUUCUUGACAUCACCCAUUGGCUUUCUUUUGGACCAUCAGAUCCUGGACACCCUAAAAGACAGACCUGUGUAUUUUGCGAUCUUCUAGGUCUGUCGUUGGGUAACCACAUCAGAGGGCAGAGUUGGACCUUUUAAAACUGUUUACCAAAUGUGUGUAUCUGUAGGUUUUUCGGUGAUGAACCAAGGCAUAACCUCUCAUUGCAGGGGAUGAGAUUGGCGUUAAAUGGGCAGGACCCAACUAGUUUGAGUGAGAGUCUAGCACCCCAUCAUCUGUAGUCUUAAUCAGGCUCCACUAAGUGGGAUACUGUGCUUGGUGUUAGAAGACUGCUUGUAAGUGUCACCUACUUCAUCAGUCAUACCUUUUGACACCAGUGGCACAGAAACAUAAAUAUACAUCUUAAUUUAAAAGGACACUAUUGUCACCAUAACCACUAAAGCUUAAUGUAUUGGUUCUGGUGUCUAUAGCCUGUCCCUGUAAGAUUUUCAAUGUUAACGGUGCCUUUUUAGAGAAAAGGCAGUGUUUUUAUUGCUGGCUAGUUACAGCUCUACUGGCAGUCACUCCGACGGCCACUAGAGGUGCUUCCUAUUAAAGCGCAGAUCUAGUGUUCAGCGUCUUCGCUGUUAAUAGCUUGCUAGGAGCCUCCUGUAUGUAAGUAAAGCUCAAUUUACAGAGCAGGAGAUAAAAGCUUUUAAAGUCAAUUAACAUCUGAUUGAAAAUGAAGCCUUUUUUUUUUUUUCAUGCAGGCUGUGUGAGCCACUGCCAGGGGAGGUGUGGCUGGGGCUGCAUAAACAGAAACAAAGUGAUGUAACUCCUAAAUGGCAGAGAAUUCAGUAGUGAGACAAAAGGGACACGAUCUAUACACCAGCACUGCUUCAUAAGGCUAAAGUUGUUUUGGUGCUUAGAGCAUCCCUUUAAAUAUAAUUCCUAGUGCUUAAUCUAUUACAUUUUAUGGACUAUAAAGUCCCUCGGUGUGAAAUGUAAUGACUAGCUUUGUGCUUUUAAAUUCAUAUGCGUUUGCAUUGAGUAUUGCUUUUCAUACAAACCUUGCAUUUCUAACAGGCUUAUUCAGGAAAUAGAAAAUUGUUGGGAAAUUCAAAUGUAAGGCUGAAUUAGGCAAUUGAAAGAAAUUGUGCAAAUCAGCUAUACUUCCACAGAAAUUAGCUUUGAAGUGCCAGUUUAGUGAAUAAGUCUGUAAUAAUGUUAUUGAUGUGGAACUCUGUUAUACUUACACUAGAUUCACAUUACUGUGCGUUUUAUUGAUGUGGAUUUCAGUAAAGCCGUCAUACAACAUACGUUACUAUGUGGAUGUAAAAUAGAUAGUCGGUCGUUGUAUUACUUCUGAUUUAUGGAACUCUGGAUACUGCUGUAAGCAACUGGAGUUGUUCAGUAAACAUAACAUUGCAGUGAGUUUGUAACCAAAUUGUAAAAUAUAGCCAAACAUCGCAAAGCUGAGUUUGAGAAUUUUUCACAGUUAGUUAAUUUGUUUAGUUGUGUUUUCAAUUCAGGAUUUUUGGGUUCUUGGGGGAAAAAAGGAUUAAAAAAUAUCCCUCCAAAAAUGAAUUUUCAUUUGUCAUUAUUAUUUAAGAAUCUAGGACUAUAGUAACAUAUGAUAUUAUGAUUUUCUGAGAGCUGCAGAUUACAAUGACGGUUAUAGUGUUGUAUUUUAUUUUUUGGAAAGACAUCCUAUGCAUGUUAUCUGCUUUCUGAUAAGCCAUUUAUGUUCAGUGUAUACGAUCCGAAAUACAUAAUGGCUCUUAUGAAGUUAGGAAUUUAACAUUACAAUUAGCAUUCAGUACGUGAAUGCUUUUUUUCUAAAGAGAGUUUGUAAGACUGUUUUCCAAUACUGUAACUGUACUCCGUGGCUGUCGUUUGACUAUUUAGAUCUCAUCCUGUUUCUGGCCACGUUAAAACAUGAUCAGUCAUGAACGAGGCUUGGAGAGGUGUACAUUUUCAUAGGGGAUAUAGUGACGUGUCUUUCAGUUUGUGUAUGAAUGAUUCAUAGCUGUGGGGGGCGCAGAAUGGUCACUAGAUGUUUAAUCUUUCUUAGACAUGAGUAAGUGCUGCCCUCAUUUUGUUUGCGCACUUUGAUUUUCAUAAACAGAUGCCAUAUCUAUUGCUGGCUGAGGAUCAUGGGUGUUGACGUCCAGUAACAUGUAGACUGAGAGAUGAGUGUUACACUGUCAUGGUUAUGUUUAUUGUUAGAGAUAUGGGAAUGGGAGAUCUUUUUACAUAUAUAAUAUAUUAGCUGUUAGCUGCUUCAAGGAACCAUUGUAUCACUAAGAAUGUAAACUAUAGUCUUUUGGUACAGAAUUAUGCUGAAAAAAGCUGCUAAACCUUUUUGUUCAAAACUACAGAGAUUUGAACAGGGAGAAAAUCAUUGCAUGGGUAUGAGGUCAAAACCCCAGUGAUUCUUUGCCUUGCACAUGUCUACAUAAUGUGAUUUAAAAUACAAUCUGUUGAUUGCUUUGUUUUUCUUCUGUAAUUGUUCAUCUAGCAGAGCCCACUUGAGACCAUGUGGAAAUGGUAUAAUGCUGAUGGCACCCAGCCUGCUGGAGAUGUAAGUGGCAAGCUAAUUUACUUAAUAUUUUAUAUUUACAUUAACUCUAGGAAUGCAUGACUGCUUGUAUAACAUUUGCUCUGAGCUUUUAUCUGAUUAAUACUAUAAAGAGGCUUAAAAUAUUUCUUCUUUUAAUACUUUUUUUUUCUUGAUAAAAUUGGUAGUACCCCAAACUUACAAAUGGCCAAAGUGGGUGAAUGAAUGGAGGUUUGGAACUUAGACGGACUCUUUUUGUGUGUGUGUGUGUGUGUGUUUGUUUUGCAUUACACAGCAGCUGAGCUGCCAUGGAAUCAUCUCUGGUAUUCUAACAGUUAAAGUGUUACUCCAAGAACCAUGAUCACUUCAGUCAUGGUUCCUACAGUCUGUAUGUUUCGCUUUGAAAUGCUGCUUGCACAGAUAUUAACUCCUCCACUGCCGGACGAUGUAACUCUACCUCUGGCAACAUCGUAGAACUGUCACCAGCCAGGCUAAUGGCUAAAGAGUUACUCCAACCAGAAAACAGUAUUUACAUUAAUCUGUGUUUAUGGUUAGAGCAAAUCCUUCCUGUGCUUAUUUGCCUUUAUACUUAAAAUGAAUAGAUAUAUAAAGCAUAGCGUCAGCUAUUUUUGGUCAUAAAUAUGAAGUUUACUUUGAAUUCCCAAUGAUUUUCACUUUGCUAAAUAAAUGAUUAAGCUGAGUUUGGGCUUCCAAAAUGAAUACAGAUAGAUGCUUAUUCUAAUUCUGCAUUUUCUCUAGAUAUAACUUUAUGGCACUAUAUGAUUAGUACUCACAGUUACAAUAAUAAACCUCUGAAUUGGUGCAAAAUAUCAAUUUAAACCAUGCAGACAAAUCUUAUCUCAUAUCUCAUGCACAUCAAUAUUCAAACACAGAAAUGUAAAUAAGUGAUCCCUAAUUAAUUAUACAAUGAUGUGACAUAAACCAGUAAGUGUACAGUUACAAUAAUUUGACAAGGAGGAUAGUUAAUAGCAAUAUAGUCACUGUCUUAUUGUGUAGCUGUAUGUAAUGUCCACAAAGAAAAUUGAGUGCAUUUGGAGAGUGGGCAAUGAAAGGCCCUAUUUAUACAAAGAGUUAAUUUGUAUUGGGUCUACAAGUUGAUGACCGUUGCUGUCAUGGCACCUACUAUGAAGAUGAGAUACAUUGCUAGCAGACCUGUUUUCCUCAGUCUCUUAUUUUGUGAGCACCCUCUCAUUUUGUGUCUCAACCAGACACAUUCUUUGUAUUGCUCAAAGUUCAAGAAUUCCAAAUAUCUUGAGUUUUAGCAAAGGCACUUGAUUAUACCUGGUUACAAAUAUUACAAAAUCCCUUUCAUGCAUAGCAGCGUUAUGGGAUGCCGACAUUAAAUCAGUGAUGUCAAGUAAUAUAAUGAAAUGGGAUUUUGAUUAAAAAUGAGUUGAGCACUAUACGAUGCUUGCUUAAUUUCUACUUUUAAUGUUUAAUAUCGCUUUGUUGUGUCAAUGGGAUGUCAGCUGCUAUCCUCUAUAGCUAAAGCUUGCAUGAUUACUUUUUUAACUCUAUUUUAUUAAAACUUGCAUGACUGUUUUGGGUAAAAAAAAAAAAAAAAUGUUUUGCAGAUUCCUGACAGUCAGGCAAAUGCUGGCACAAUGUCGGUUUCAGAUCUGACUGAGCAGCUGGCGCAGACAGAGCAGCUGGUGGUUCAACUGAAGGAACUUAUCCGAGAAAAGGAUAACGAGUUGCGCCUGAAGGAUCAGCAGUUAAAGGUCUGUGCGCUGAUGCUCCAUAGUUAGUUUUCAAUUAGAGUGAGCAGUCUGCAUCCUGUCAUUUACAAGCACUCGAGACAAAUUGUCUCCAAGGUAGUAGUUUGUACAUGUACGACUCCCUUAGCCAGAUGUACAGUAUAAAAUGCAGGAGCCUGUCUGCUAAGGAAUGUUUGUUUGUCGAUAAUAUGAAAUGAUACUGCAGUGAUUGACCAUGUUUAAAAGUGAUAUUGAGUUUACCAUAAUACCUAUGGGACAGGUCGUCUGUAUCCCCAAUACAAUACAUCAUGGGUAAGUUUUUUGCACAUCUAGCCAUAUUUUAGCAUUCGUGCAUUUCUUCUUAUUGUGAUUGGCCUGAUAACUCUUUAAAUGGAAACUAUAGUGCCAGGAAAACAAACUCGUUUUCCUGGCACUAUAGUUUCCCCCUCCGUCAAGGCCCCUUCCUAUGGUGCAGAAGGGGUUAAUUACGCCGAUGUCAAUGAGCUGAAUAUAGUGCCUAUAGUGUCCCUUUAAGGCCAAUGAUGUUUAAUGCUUUGUUCAAUGUCCGUCCUCAAUGCUUGUAAGUAAUUAAAAAAAAAAUAAAAAAAAUUUCCAUGUGUGUUAUGGGAUUAAGCAUUAACUCUCAUAAAUUUCUGUUUGCCAUGACCAUAAACAUAAAUAUGCAGAGGUUCAUGGGAAGAGAAAUCACACGUUGCAAGAAGGAUUUCACUAACAGAGCUCUGUAGGAAACCUAUUUAAUGUGUCCCGGUACUAUUAGCAAACACACAGUGAAAUACAAUUAUUGUGGGUUAUUACACAACCUUGCCAGUAAUAUAGUAAUAAAAAUAUUCUCAGACUUCAAAAUGCUGUUUCCAGGCUUUGUUAUGGACCGACUAGCCUCUUCUCUUGCUUCUAGAUAAUGCAUUUAUACUGCCCUAAUAAAUAGUUCCCUAGAUUAUCAUGUUUGCACAUUCUGGACUACAUAAAUAUUAACAUUCCACAGUUUGUUAAUCUAUAACGAAGUCAGGGAGGGAUUACCUAUGCCAAUCCAGUUAUUAAGGAUUAUAUCUCCCAUAAUGCUAUGCCAAUACUAUAAAUGCUUUGGAGAUGAACCUCUGCACCUGUAUUUAUUUACCUGGUCCUUUUUUAUGUAGGAAGAAAAGGAAUCUUCUGAAGCCAAGGUAUCCAAAGCAAAGCUCCAAAAUAAAGCCAAGAUCGCCUCAUUGUCAUCUCAGCUGGAAGAACUGAAGAAGGUAGCGUCGCCCAAAAAGCAGGAAAAGAAAUCUGAGCAUGGAAAGGUAAGUAAGGGCUUAAAGAAAUACACGUACCAUUUUGUUUCAAAUCUGUAUUAUACUGACUGAGUUUUUUAAAAUGUAUUUAUUAGCGCAUGUUUCACUCCUGCAAGUCUCCCGGGUUCUUCCAUAGCUUUCAGCAAUCUUUCCCAGCCGUACCCUGGGAAUUGACCAAUCAGAGGUUUCUCACUGAGAAGCAUCUGUGUUGGAGCCACACACAUGUACGUGAUCACGGCUUUGCAAUGUUUCUCAGCGCACGAAACUACAACUCAUUGAGAAGGGGGGAAAGCAGGCAACUGGAAUGUUUUUACUAUCCUUUUAUUUAUUUUUUUCGUUUUUGAAAUGUUCUUAAAGAAAAUUACUUUAACCUCUGAAUAUUUUCGUGCUGGUAUUGUGAUAUAUAGCUUCCAACAAAUGUACUUUUUAGCGUGAGUAUCUGCUUUUAAUCUGCAACUGUUUCCUUACAGGUUUCUGGAGAUGGGGAGCCGGAGAACGCAUCUGCAAACAGAGGCAAAAUUCUUGUACUAAAGAGACGAGUGGAGGAACUGGAGUCCCAGUUGUCUCUUAAAAAUGAAGAACUCAAGCAGAAGGUGAAUGUGUAACGGGCAAUGUAUUUUACAUUAUCAGUAAUGAGGGGCAUACAGUGGUUUCCAGCACACUGUAAAUGUACUAGUCUAUACGUUCAGGUCUUUGACAUGAGGAUGCCUGCUAUGGCUUUGCUGGGAGGUGUUUGUUACCUGUCUCCAUUAUUAUCUGCUUUCUUUUUUCCUUUUUUUUUUUUUUUUUUUUUUAAUUUUUUUUUUUUUUUUUUUUUUAUUAUUUUUUUUUUUUUUUUGAGGUAUAUUCAAGAGGACUUACACACAAAGUAAAGCUGACUUGCAUAACAAAAAUACAAAAGUGCAGCAAAGCAUAUGACCUAAUACAUUAUUUAAAAUGUAAACAUAAAGUCGGGGUACAUGCAGCAAAAACGUGCAUAGAGGUGGAAGUGUCACUGGGUGGUUAUAGAUAGGCCAGUAUAAGGUAAGCUCAAAUAUUAAAGGACCACUAUAGGCACCCAGACCACUUCAGCUCAAUGAAGUGGUCUGGGUACCAGUUCCCCCUAGUUUUAAAAUGGGGGAAAAAAAAAGCAAAGGAAUAAAGUCCAAUGCCUAAAUCAGGAGUAGGUAUUGACACUCAAACAUACACAGAAGAGAAACAUAUCAAUAUAGAAUGCAAAAGACAGGAUAGAUCUACUAAGCAGUGAGUAUUAGGUGAUUGAUGCUGUACAGGAGAUAUGUCUUGUAUAAUCAAAUACCAGCCUCAGUUGAUCCGGUGAAAAGGUGAUAAAUAACUUAGUCUAAAGUGUUUACAAUGUGUCAGUUCAAGUCCAAGCUAAACUUUGUGCCCAUAGGGGUUUUUCUGCUUAGCUUGGACUUGAACUGAUACAUUGUAAAUGCUUUGGACUGUUAUUUAUCACUUUUCCACUGUAUCAGUUGAGGCUGGUAUUUGAUUAUACAAGACAUAAUAUCUACUGUAUAGCAUCAAUCAUCUAAUACUCACUGCUUAGUAGAUCUACCCCUGUCUUUUGCAUUUUUAUGUAUCCAUUUUAAUAUUAUGUUUCUCUUCUAUGGGCAGGGGGGACCUAAUAACCUAAUUGAGCUAUAUAGUGCUCCUUUAAGGACUCCAAGGUGCAUUUAAAAAAACAUAAGAUUUUAAAAAGUGAAAACAAACCCUGAGGUACACCAGCUAUAAACAGGGUAGUUUUAGCCAAUUCCCAUAGUAGGAAGAUUGCUCAAAAGCAGAGUAUCAGGAGGCCUCCGUAAAAGUCCUCUCCACCAGCCCCAGGCCACCCACAGUGCAUGCAACCCAUGCUCUCUGAUCAGUCUGCUCAAGCUGCCCAAAUCUGUGUCCCAGUGGCAAGCAAAGGACCCGUUAAGGCUUUCGUCCUUGGUAAGUUGCAUUGGACAAUGGAUAUCUGAUACCUGUAGACAAUUGGGUAGCUGGAAACACGUCUCUCCAUGUUUGUGGGUUAAGCUGGGGUCACAGAGAGCAUGUUUUCCCCCAAAAGUGAUCACAUAACUGAUCAAAAGACAGGCUAAAGGAUCACACUUGUGGAGGUCGGACCAACAAGGAAUGUCGUGGAGCAGGAAUGUAUGUAACAGCCAUUUUAAAAACUAGGCAACAUGCGUGCAGUUGAGUUGAACACAAGUGUAGUCCAGAGAGAUUAGGAGAUUCCGUCCAGUGGAGACCAGGAUAACACAAUACAAGACAGCUGUGCAAAAUAGUGGAAUAAUUUGUUUUGUGGGCUUAACACCAUGUAUUAUCAGAUCAGCUCCACCAACCUGUAUCUAACUCGAUCGGCAGUCAGGACCUGCCUCCUUAAUAUUAUCUUCUUCCUAGUCUUCAUAGUGUUUGCCUAUCUCCUCGUAUUCAGUUAGGUGGUCGGGCAAGUCUAACAACUUUAUUUAUUUUUCACUUUAGUGGAGGGGAUGAACGGAGAAAUGAAGUUACUGUGAUCUAAUAAUUUAUUUCUGUGCUGCAUGUACCAGGCCAAUUAACAUUAGUGAAGCAUCAUGAUGUUCAGAUUUUUCAAAUACACAUCCAGAAAGAUUGGAAUAUCAAGCUGUUAAGCUAGAAUUUAUUUCCUUUGUUUUUUUUCAUUUGUUUGCUUGUGUAUAUGUGUAAUUUUUUUUUUUUUUUUUUUUUUUUUUUUAGAACAGCAUUUUUGACCUUUUAAGAAGAUCAUUAUUAGAUUAUUUUUCUUUCAUCUUCUCCUUGUGUUAAAAUAACAUGGCUAUCAUUACUUUCUUUACUAUUAAAAAUAAAAUAAAUGAAGUGUUUUAAUUACAUAAGUAUUCACCCCUUUGCUGUGACACUCCUAUGGACUGGUGACCGUCAUUUAGGAGCCACAAAACUGGUUGAAUAAGUAUCACCUGAUCUUGGAAUAAAUACCAUAGUUUCUGGAAGGCCCCUGUGUCAUAGAACAUGCUUCAACAAACCGCAUUAUCAAUUUUAGCAUUCGCAUAAAAAUUACUCUGAAAUAGAGAGAAUGUAGCACAAUCGAAACUGCCUGGAGAAGUCUCUUCUUCAAACAGUGUAUCGGUAUCAGGAACUCCCUAGAGAGGACACGGUCGUCAUCCAAGCCUACAGACCAAGAUUACUGAGUAAACACUACAGGAUCGCUAUGUGCAAAGCUGGGAGAGAAUUAAAAAGUCAUUUAGCUAUAAUUGCUGUCAAAGGUGCUUCUAAUUCUGUAACAGUUAGAAUUGUUUGACAAACACUGUGAUGGUGAUUAUUGGUUAAGUAGCAAUUCAUAGCGUUUUUUUCAUGGACUGUAUUGUUGCCGUGCUUGAUUAAGCUAGACUUUUUAGUGGAUUAUGCUGUCAAUUAGUUUGGCAUAAUCAAUAGAAUAUUAAAUUAUUUGUUGUGACCCUAGGUGAUUCACCAGUAUUUGACUUGAGUUGAGUAUUUAUGUAACCAGUAAAUGUAUAUGUUUAGUACAAUGUGUUUUAAUGUAAUUAACUGUUUAAUUUGUUUUCUGAUGCCUCUUAAAGGCUCAGCUCUCUCCUCUCUCAAGAGUAACCUGUAGUCUGUUAUAAGAAAGAUCGGCUUAUAACUGAAGUAAUUUCUAAUAAUUGCUGCAUUUAUAAGACUGUUCCCCGCCGCCCAGAGCUGUCACAGAGUCAUGGACCACUCAUGUGGGAUCUACAGCUCUACACAGCCUGGUGCAGUAAAUGGUGAACUGGAAUGAGUAGAAAAUAAAUUGAUCUCCAAAACUAUGCAAUUAAAACUAGAUCCAUUAAUUAAUGGGAAAAAGAUAUUGGUAAACAUUUCCAGUAAACAACUUGGAAGAAGCACACUUAUUGAUGAAAAAAAUCUAUUCAUUGUUUAAGUCUUCAAGAAAACUAUUUCAAAACCACACCUUGAUGGUAUCUCACCCCAAACAGGAUCCAUACAUUUGAUUUAAAAAUCCUCAAAUUUAUGUUUGAGAUGUACCAACGAUAUUGGUGCAAUAUACCAUAUGUGGUGGGAGUGCAAAGGAUUGUUAGAAAUUAAAGUCAACUAUUUUCUACUUUCAGCUAUUUGUAAUCAAACUGUAAUGUUAUCCCCUAAAUGAAUCCUUUACAUUUUGAUUUUUCAAGGUGUUGUCUCCCCCCCAAAAAUUAACAAUACACAUAAUUAUGGCCAUAAAACUAAUAAUAGCUAGAAAUUGACAACACCAAUGUUGGUACGUUAAGUUAUCUGUACGUAUUGUAAUGAUUAUAUAAAAACCUUAAAAUGCCAUAAAGAAAAUAAAUCACACCCAAAAAAAAUAGCAUCCACAAUAUUGUCAAUAUACGAUAUACAAUAUUACAUACGUUCCUGAGCUAUUAUGUGAUAAACCACUCUUCCCAUAAACUCCUAUCCAGGAAUGACAGACUGCAAAGACCAGAAUGUAAGGCUUUUGAUUGGUGGAGUUUCUUCCUGGUGAAGGAGGGGUCUGCCUGUUUGACACUUGCUGAAUGCAAGACAAUAUUGUUCAUUUACUUUUUUUGAUGCAUAUGAUAUAGUGCAUUAUAAAACAAAAAAAAGUGUAACAUUAUUCUUGAAGGUUUCCUUCUGAGUGUGAGAUUCAUACUAUAUAUGAAGCUCAGGCUGCACAUGCAAUUGAAAACUGAUGCGGUGCUUUUAGAACACAGAAUGCCAACGCUCUGUAUGUCCUUGUUUGUGUUUGAAUUUGCACCCUCCUUACUAUCGGACUCUGUUUGCUACGAUGCUCAGCUGGAGACACAACGUCAGCGAGGCUCUGAGAUGGACGCCAUGCUUGCUGAGAAAGAGAAGAAAUUGGCAGAAAAAGAGGCCUACAUCAUUGAACUUCAAAUAUCUGCUGGAAAAAGUGUCCCUAAGGAGACAGAGAACUCUGCAGACAAUUUAAAGGUAUUUGUAGUUUUUAUAUAUGGAACAUGUAGUUUGAUAGCGAAAGUCUGUACAAGGUUAACAUGCUUGUUCUAUUAGCCCAUGUGUCCUUUAGGAAUCAAUUUAAAUACCAAACAGGUAUGUAGUAUUUACCCAAAAAAAUUCCCUUUCUAAUAUUAUUAAAAUUUAUAUUUAAACAAUUUUAAUUUCAUGAUAUGCAUGUCAUUUAAGAUCAGGUUUUCAACCCCAUAAUAAUUCACAGUAUGAUGACACACUCACAUAAUUCACAGUACCCUAUCAUACUUUGCAUUUUUAAGAUUAAGUCACUAUUAAUUUAUUUGAAGCAAUACGUACCAGACACCAUUGUAAAAACGAAAUGUUUGCCUGUGCUUGAUGAGUAGAGACAACAAUCCACUAACAUCUAGCAAGAAAUGGCUUGUUCUCCUUUGCUUUAUUCUGUUAGUGUCUGUACAGGCAUCAGAAUCUGAGAUCCAGGCUAUUGUUAGAUCAGGGAGCUAAUCCUGAGAAAUUCAGUAAUCCAGGUCCCAGUUGGAAUGAGGAGAAAGGAUACAUUAGGAAGUGGAAACCAAUCUAUAUAUAGUCAUCUACAAUUAUAGAAUACAUGAGUUGUUCUAUUUGUGAGCAGCUUUCAUUCCACUUAAUAUUUGCUCAUUCAUUCAUCUUGGUUACUAACUUACACUGUGACCUAGAGUGCACUUUUUUAAAUGCCGAUGCCUAAUGUUUUGUGCGAAAAUAAAUUUUGACCAUGUAAUGGCUUUCUCUAAUACCUUUCCUGUAGCUUGAGUUUGCAAAGUAUAGAUUCCUAACAUACCCCAAUGAUUUUAAUAUUCAUUAGUUUUGAAACCGCUUUAAAUAUCAGAGAAAGCGUGUCAAUGUCUUAAUGUUUCUACAUUGUGCAACCCAUACUGGCUAAAACCAGGAAUGGUUGCUUUGUUCUUAUCUCACUAGGAAGAGGUUCUGUCAAACAGACAGCAUGUUCCAAAUGUUGGCCGUAUUCAUGAACAUUUUUAAUUCUACAGCAGGGACCUUUUUAAUUAAUUUACUCUGCUGUUUGACCUUUUUCCAGAACCAGAAAGAUUCAGCAAACCAGGACCUCCAGAUUCUGAUCCAGAACCUUACCAGAAAGGUGGGUGAAAGUGAAGAGAGAUGUAGUCUCCUCCAGGAGCAGACCGAGAGCCUAAAAAGCCUUCUCAACAAGGAAAAAAAGGACUUCCAAGAAAAGGAGGCAAUGUACGCGGAAAAUGUGAGUGAGCACUUCUGAGGCACUUGAUUAGUCCUGUGGGUAAUUCAAUAAAUGAUCUAUAAUCUGAAAUUAGAAUUGGUGGGUUUCACAGGGAAAUAGCCACCAGUUUAUCAGAUCCAUUGCUGACCUUAAAGGACCACUCUAGGCACCCAGACCACUUCAGCUUAAUGAAGUGGUCUUGGGUGCCUGGUCCAGCUAGGGUUAACCCAUUUUUUAAUAAACAUAGCAGUUUCAGAGAAACUGCUAUGUUUAUUAAUGGGUUAAGCCUUCCCCCUGUACCCUCUAGUGGCUGUCUCAUUGACAGCCACUAGAGGCGCUUGCGUGCUUCUCACUGUGAUUUUCACAGUGAGAGCACGCAAGCGUCCAUAGGAAAGCAUUGUAAAUGCUUUCCUAUGCGACGGGCUGAAUGCGCGCGCAGCUCUUGCCGCGUGUGCGCAUUCAGCCCAGGAGGAGGAACAGAGGAGGCAGAGAGCUCCCCGCCCAGCGCUGGAAAAAGGUAAGUUUUUAACCCUUUCCUCUCCCCAGAGCCGGGCGGGAGGGGGUCCCUGAGGGUGGGGGCACCUUCAGGGCACUAUAGUGCCAGGAAAACGAGUAUGUUUUCCUGGCACUAUAGUGGUCCUUUAAGCAUUGCAACCCAAACUGGGUUUUCAAUGUAUUCUCUCCACAAUGCUUUAAAAUGUACGAUGUAUUAUCUGUGUAAUGCAUUAAAACUAUUAAUUGAGCUCUUUGCUGCCUCUCUUGUCAUUAGAUCCCGGAAAGUCACAAGUAGUUUUACCUGUGUAUUUUCAGACGAUCUGGUGCUUGUUUCUUGGGUCGGUCAUAACGUUGGUCUUUGAAUAGCACUUCUCACUUUUUUAAAGUGUCCUGGAAAAUUUGUCUUUAAAUAUGAGGAGUAAACCUGUGUCUGAUCACAGAAUUCAUGGUUACUAAAACAGGAAAAUAUAUAUAUAUACACACACACACACCCACCCCCCCACCCCCUGGAGAUUAGUUAUACAAUUAGUUUCCUUCCUUCUUUCCAAAAUCUCAAAUCUUACUCAAAGAUAAAUAAAACACUAUCUCAUUAAUAUGCAAGAUGCAAAGUCUUAAACUUGUUAAAGAUUCUUUUUUUUAUGCACUGUAUAUAUUAGUCGAAUUGAUGUGUUUGAGAAGGUCACUAAAAUACUUACAUUUUAAACAAAUAUUGGUUUGUACAUUUUUUUUUAUUUGUUUUUUAGCAAUCUAUUCUGAAUAGCUAAACAAAACCACACGUAAACAUGUUUCACACUUUAAAUGAGGAGUACUUAUUGGAAACAAAAAUGUUUUUUGUUUUUUUUUCUUGUUAAAUAAAUUAAUUUGGCUGUGUAACAAAAGGAUUUUGGUUUGAAGAAACUAUUUUUGCACAAAAGUAAUCUGCAUGUCCUGUCAUGUGUCCCAAUUGUACAGUAUAGUAAUAUUAGGAACAGCAGAAGUGCACGCAUUAGGAUUAGGGAGUCAUGAGAAAUAUCCUGUAUUUCUAGGUCUCACAAAUUCAGCAAAAAACAAAAUAAUUGUCAAGAUUAUGACCGAAGUGAAGUUAAUUCAAUUAUAAAACUGACUUAGCCAUGUUUUGACCGAGUCUUGAUCAACACAUUUCUCGGUCAAAAUGUUUUCCAGAGAAUAAGUUCUAGUUACCAUUAUACUAUGGCUGCAGUCGGCACUAUUCAUACACAAGCUGUGCUUUAAAACUUGUUUUUAGAUACGGGUUUACCAAAACAUGAUCUUGGAAAAGGAGAAAGACAUGAAGGAACUUUCUGAGAAACACGAGCAAGAGCUCUUUAAAUUGGCAGCAAAAUCUGACGCCACCGCAGAUCUUCAUCAGGUACGGACUUGAUCAAAGCGGAAAAUUGGUGGUUGUGUGAAUUCAAUCUGUGAAGCGCCAGGCUGACUAACAAAAGUCCAGCAGGGCUGUGAGAAUCUAGACUUUUUAAUGAAAUAGUAGUUUAAUCUUCAGCAAGGUCGAACUGCCAUAAGAGAUUUAUCUUGAUGUGGUCAUUGUCUGCAAAAACCAUAACUGUUGGGAUAUGUUGCCUUGUGGAAACUGGCAAAACUCGCAGAUGGGUUUGCUUCCUCCUGCUCGGGGUGUUCUGUGGCACUGAAACUAAACAAGAUUAUCCUAAUGCCUUAAUGACAGCUAAAAAGCAUGAAAUACGGAUUAUUGAUUAAAUGUCUGACUAUAAGUGUAUAUAUUUUAGCAUUCAUAUAUCAGUAUAUAAACAAAAAUUUCCAUAUGCUCUAAAACACAAACCCUUUAAGGAAAAAAAGUGUUCCCUUUAAGACACUCAGAAUAAAGUAGAAACAGAAAAAAGGACCAAAAAGGGCUAAAACAUAUAUUUAAAAAAAACCACCAAAUAAAGGGAAUUAUAAAGGUCAUGUACAACCUGAUAAAUGAUCACAAGAUUAUAUGCAAAUGAAUAAAAAUAUAUAUGGUGCAGUAUGUUUAAUAUAAAUAUCAGGGUGGGGGUGGUAGAGAACUCACUAGAUGUACAAUCAAGCAUGUCUCCCUUUCAAAUAGGGUCAGGAAGUUAAGAUUGAUGGUCUUGAGAGGAAUGUUCUGAAUGGCUAAGAUUGCAGAUAAAAUCAAGCAUAUCUCCACAACCAGUGUGGUGACCAGGCUACAGCAAAUAGCAGAAAGCUCCGGAGGUAAACAUGCAAGGUGGCAGAUUACAAAUAAAAACAAGAGUGUUUGAAUGACAUAAAACUAUCAAAGUCCUACGCGUUUCGUCCGUUGGAACUUCUUCAGAACUCAAUGUAGGUGUUCUAAGAGACUCUUCUUGUAUACCAGUAGGUAUUGAGAACGAUGAUCAGCAGCUGGGCCAACUUGUGUUUCACCGUUAACGAUUUUUGGGUGUUGAGCGCCACGUGUGUGGAUGGCGUUAAAUUAGUUGUAACGUGCGUCUCAUGUUGGCACGCACAAGGGGUAUCCGGGUUGUGGACUUGAACAACUGUAUUGGUGUAGUAGGACGGACUCAGAGCAUGAAAACCAAGGGGAAACCAUGUACAUAAAACAAAGACAUAGAAAAGCAGAGCACAAUAGCCGAUUGCUGGAAAAAUUAAAAUAUAAAAAAUGAAAGACAAUCUAUCCAAAAAAAAAAUAAAAAAUAAAAAAUGGGAAAAUUAAAUAUAUCAAAUAUAUAUAUAUAUAUAUAUAUAUAUAUAUAUAUAUAUAUAUAUAAAAAUAUAUAAAUAAAAAUGAAUAUAUACUAUAAAUGAAAACUUAGAAUAUGCUUGUUAAAAAUAAAUAAAAUGAAAAAAUAAGAAAAAUACAAGUUUGUUAAUAAAUAAAAUAAACUGUUUUUCUCCUAAAUUUUUCAUUUUAUUUAUUUUUAUCAAACAUAUUCUUAUUUUUCAUUUAUAUGCUGAUCAUUCUCAAUACAUACUGGUAUAUAACAAGAGUCUCUUGGAACACCUACAUCAAUCCCUGAAGAUGUCCCAACGGGCGAAACGCACAGGACUUUUUGAUAGUUUUAUUUCGUUCAAACAUUCUUGUUUUUAUUUGUAAUCUGCCACCCUGCAUGUGGCAGAUUCAACGAAUAGCUUCCUGCUAUUAGCUGAAGCCUGGUAACCACACUGGUUGUGGAGAUAUGCUUGAUUUUAUCUGCAACCUUAGCCAUCCAGAAGAUUCCUCUGAAGACCAUCAAUCUUAACUUCCUGACCCUAUCUGAAAGGGAGACAUGCUUGAUUCUACAUCUAUCUAGUGAGUUCUCUACCACCCCCAAGGACGGUAAGUUGGAUAAAGUGCAAUCCAAACAGUGCAGGCUAGCCACUCAAAUAAGGGAUCACUCCCAAAUCCCAGAAAGACACAAGUUAAAAAACAUAUACCAGUUAGGGCGCCACAGUCACAAACGUGCAUGUAUACUUACCGUACGCAGAGUUGAAUUAAACAUGUAUGGAAACAAGAAACUAUAUAUACAUAGUGAAGUAUUUAAUAACAAAAUUAAAACAAAUAGUAAAAACAAUGGAUACACUCACAAAAAUAAAUACUUCUGAUUGUGCUACAGAGUUUGUCAGCCACUGCAGGGCUAAGUCCCCAUAUGUUGGCAUUGAAGCUGAGAUUCAACAUAUGGAUGUGUCCUUACUAAUAGUUUCCUGAAGAUCACAGAAUAUCAGUGUAUCUUGUUAGUGACAAUGUAUUUGUAAGGUUUUAUAUUCUUGUUCUUGCAGUUGCUAAAGGCCUUAAAACAGAAACUGCACGAGGAGGAAGAGGUAUUACUGGGAAAGAACCAAGUGAUUGACGUGCUGCAGAAAGAAUUGGACAAUAAGGAUCAGCAGUUUACAGUAAGAAUAUUUUCAUGUAGGAUGUAAACUUGCAAGACCUAAUGAGAGUUGUAUGCAACGCCUGUUAGACAUAUCCCUUUGUCCUCCCCUGACCCACAAUAGAGCAGUCAGCUAACAUCGCUGCAGGGGAUUUCAAAAUGUCACGCAAUGAAGUCAAUGUUAUUCAAUAACAGUAAAUUGUAUUCUAUGUGCUGGUAAAGUGAAUACAUUUCUAUAACAAGUGAAUACAUUUCCCAAACAUAUGCAGAUAUUCUUCCUUGCAAGAACUCUGAUUUUCUUAAAGGGACUCUCCAGUGCCAGGCAAACAAUCAGUUUUCCUGGUACUGCAGGUCCCCUCCCACCUCCCAUCCCCGGUUGCUGAAGGGGUGAAAACCCCUUCAGUGACUUACCAGAGGCAGUGACAUGUCCCACGUCGCUGCUUCUUCCUCCGCCCACGCUCCUCCCCUUCAUCACAUCAGCCGGCGGGGAAGACCUAAUGUGCCUGUGCGGCAAUGCCGCGCAGGUGCAUUAGACCUCUCCAUAGGAAAGCAUUGAAAAUGCUUUUCAAUGCUUUCCUAUGGGGAUUUUAGCGACGCUGGAGGUCCUCACACAGCGUGAGGACGUCCAGCAACGCUAUAGCACUGAAAACCUGUGCUAUGAAGCAGGAAGUCUGACAGCCACUAGAGGAGGAGUUAACCCUGCAAGGUAAUUAUUGCAGUUUAUAAAAACUUCAGUAUUUACAGUUGCAGUGUUAAGGGUAGUGGGAGUUGGCACCCAGACCACUACAAUGGGAAGAAGUGGUCUGGGUGCCUGGAGUGUCCCUUUAAGCAGACUAUGCCAGUGGGUCUCAGUAUGGUCAUUGAGCAGGCCAUAUACCAGGACUACAAAUGUGUGUUCUACUUCCUGUUUAUGGAAAACAAGCAAUAGUUCUCUGUAUAGCACAAGAUCCUGGUUUUAUAAUGGUAUUUCCAGCCCAUGAUCACAAAACCUUUGACAAGCAAUCACAGCCUUCUUACUUCAGUGAUCUUUUAAUCCUGUAUUUAAUUAGAAAGCUGCGCCUGGCUAGAAACGAUAAUCACUUAAUUCUUGAAACAAUUUCCAGUAAAUUUGUCUUUGUUUUUAGGAAAUGAAUGAAAAGUAUAAGCGCGUUCAGUCUGAGAAAGAGAACCUGCAGUCAAAACUAGAUGCUGAGAAGCAUGUGAUGAGGGCACAGCUGAAAGAUAUGAUGGAUAAACACGAAACAGAACUGCGACGACUUUCUGAUAAGCACAGCAUUGAGAUACAGGACAUCCAGGAGAAAAGCCAAACCGUGUUACAGUUACAGAAACAACUUCAAGAUCUGGGGAGCAGCAAAGAAAACCAAGUGGAACCCACAGAAGUUGCCUCCCCCGCAGUCGUUAAAUUAAAAGGUAUCCAAAAAAUUGGUCCAUCUAUAAAGGGGUGGAGCUACUGUAUCUCUGCUUUGGUUGUUCGGAGAGUUGAAUAAAGUGCAAUUGUCACACGUGACUGACCUUUGUGAACUACAGCUUGACUGAGCAUCAUGGGAAACGUAGUUCACAAAUCUAAUUUUAAGGAGAUCAGAAGGUUUCACUUCUUGACCCACAAUUUUUUGUGAAUGUAUUCUCAACAAACUGUACAAUAUGUAUAGAUAUAAUUUCACUUAAAAAUUAAAAUGUGUACUUCUAUCUUUACAACUUUUUGCCCAGAGGUUUAAACUUCUCCGACCGCUGGACUUUCAUAAACAAUUCUGCUCCAUCCAUUGUGUUCAGGAGUCAUGAUCUGUAUGCACACACUGUUUUUAUAUCUGUUAAAACCUGUGCCAAGGGCUUCUAUAUUGUGAAGUUUUUUUGCACAUUUAUAAAAUAGGGAGUGGCUAAAAUAACUAUAUAAAUAGCAGGGAGCCUUUUUUGAGCUCAGUUCAUGUAUCUCAAUGAUAUUCAUGACAUAGUAUUGUUUCCUGUAGAAGGGAAAAAGGAGGAACGAAAAUAGUACUCUUUAUUUAAAGGGAGUGUGUAGUUUCUAAGACUGAACAGUAGAGGGAGCUCUAUGCCCGUUUUUUGUGAUCUUUUCAUACUUCAUUAUGGAGGAUUAGUAAAAUGAUGUGACAAGAGAAUAUCCCUGGACUUUAACAUUAUCCGCUUUGGGUACACUUGUGCAUACCACGGUCAGACAGACACCUACAUAGGCACUGGUGGCUUUUAAAUGCUUUUUGUGCCAAAUGUAACAUUUUGUAUGUUAUCGUGGCCUAAUACUACUACAAAAAGGAGUUUCUUCACUCACAUUUGAGGAUGUUUUCAUAAUUUUAAUGGAAUCUGCUUUCUGCUUGCAUGAGUGGUUUCCACUGGUGUGGAUGACAGAGUUUGAGUAUGUAAAGACAAAAAGGAAUUGGGGCAUACCCGGAACAUGCAUUUUGUAGUGACCAAAACUCAUACAUAAUACAGAUUAAUUACAGCGCACACAUACAAAUACACAUUUAAAUCUUAUAAGGCUACUUAAAAUCGCCUAUCUCCAUAAACAAAUGAGGGGAUUUAGUUUCGCCAUAUUGUGGUAAGCCCACCACUACUUCACAGUACCCCAAUAUCGGUGGGUCCUACACAAAUUCCAAACGUGGGAGACAAAAAGAGUUUGAGUAUGUAACAUACGUGCUCAGUAAUUCUUGCAUGGAAAGUAAUUGUAGAUCAGUAAACGGCAGGUGGAUUUCAGCCACUUCCUGUUUAAUCAGAUGUCUGUGUAAAAGGACUGGAGCGUGGGCGUCUGCUGCAAUACAGGUAUUGGUUUUUUUUUCGGGGCUGGAGGGCAGAGGGGAUUCCACUCUUAUGUGUUUCCGAACUUCAAUUUCCAUAGCUCCUUUUUUCAGAUCACUAAAAUUAUUGAAUUAUUGUUUACUCUUCUUUUUUUCCUCUUAUAGUUAAUUCCAUUUUUUGGAUGACCAACUUAUUAUAAAUACGUAUUUCUUUUACAGAUGAAGUGAAAUUGAAGACAGAAGAGGCAAGUAAAUCUGAAGCUAAAUUCCUUAAAAUGAAGGCAUGGUCAAAGUCCAAAAUCAGACAGUUGGAAGAAGAACUUAAAAUUGUACAAGUACCCAUUUUACUUCACCUGUCUCUUGGUGUCUCUCUUCUUCCAUCUCUCUCCUUGGUUAAUUCAAACCUCUUGCUAACAUCAAUCACCAGUAACACUAAAAAAUUUAAAACUAAACAUUUUUUUUGAGACAUUGAACUUUGACUGGUGUAGGUGCUUUUCUGUUUCUGUGAUUCAUGUUUAAUUACUAUUUAUUUUUUCUAUAAUCUAUUAAUGAGUUCCUCUCCUUGUAUGUGAACUGUAACAUUCUGCAAUUGUUUUUUUUUAUUUAAAAUAUUUCUUUUUAAAAAAAAACAAAACAAAUUUCAAUUAUUGUUCUAGUCGGAAACUAAAAAUCGUGACCUUGAACUGCUGAAAAAUAAAAUCUUUGAACUUGAAGAGGACAAAAGGAACAUGGAGGACAAGCUGGAGUCUGUAACGGAACUGCAGACACUUAAUGGUAACUAUUCAUAUCCUGAAAACCUUUUAUAUAUGUGCACUUAGAUACGUUAGUAGCCAGGCAGUCUCAAAAUACUUUGCCUGUAACUGGCCAAAAUGCUGUUUUGGCGAAUCAGGACCUCCUCAUAGAGAUGCAUUGAAUCAGUGCAUCUCUAUGAGGAAAAUUCAGUGUCAAAAAAUUCAGGGUAUGCUGAACAGCAGGGCUGCCUACUGUGCAGUACUGAGCCAGGAAGCCCCUCCAGCGGCCAUCUGAAGAGUGGCCACCUGGAGGUGUCCCUAGGGGCAAUGUGUUUGCAUGAAAAUGCUUGAAGGGUGCUAUUAUACUUACCAGAACAACUACAUUAAGCUGUAGCUAUUCUGGUGAGUAUAGUGUCCCUUUUAAAAGACUACAUGCUGCCUAAGCAUCUGGAGGACAGAAAACAAUGAUACUGUGUAGGAUGAGAAGUUUACCUUUAUACCAGCUUUACCUAUAGGUGAUAAUGACCUGGAUUAGCCAGGAAAUAAGACUUCUAGCACCUGUUUUCAUGUUUCUGUGCAGUAAGUGCAGCGGAGCUUUACCAUAGACACACUUAAUUUGCAUUAUUCCCUAACUGUUCCAUUUCACAGACAUCUGAUUAAACAGGAAGUGGCUGAAAUCCACCUGCCGUUUACUGAUCUUUGAAUGCUAGUGUGACUGCACACAGUCUGAAAUAAUCUGGCAACUCUUUUAAAAAAAAAAAAAAAAAAAAAAUGCACUCUGGAACAGUUACAGUUCUUCAGAUAGUCUGUGGUCUUGGGAUAAGUGGUUCUAUAGAUUAAAGAGGAAUCCACUCCAUUAAAAAAUUACUUUUUAUUCUUGUAUUUCUGUUUUUUACAAGCAGCGAAAGGCUCCCUCUCUGCAGUUUCACACCACCUCCAGGAGAUCAUCACUAACCAUGAUCUCCCAACCAAUCUAAUGUUUCUGUUAGAGAAAUAUUGGGAGGUAGUGUGCAUGCACAGCAAUAUCUAUUCUGUGCCAGCAAUUCUUGUCAUAGAGCAGCAUUGAAACCCUCACUUCCACCUUGAGCGAGCGCUCAAGUCUUGUGAGGAAGAGCUCACUAGGCGUGGGCAACCCAUAACUUUAAAAAAAAAAAAAAAAGUGCCAGUUUCUCAUGAAUUCGACAUUUUUAUGAAGUAAGAACUUAGGACUUUAGUGUGUUAAUUUAAUUUACACAUGCAUUACACAGGGGGUUUGAAACAUUGUAUUGCGUCAAAUCCAUGUUGAAUUCCUGGGGGAGCACAUGGAUCAAACUGCCGUUAGGUUGUCCAUGUGUUCCGGCCAUGUUCCUUUACACUGAAUGUUGUUGUUUUUUGUUUGUUUUUUGUCCCCAAAACUGCUAUAUUUUUAUUUAGAUCCACAUCUAACUGCAGUUGCAUAGAAAAAAAACCACUAUAUGCUAAUAUGAGAUUGUGGUUGGUAUAAAGAUACCUGCAUGGUUUUCUUACCAGAUUGUCUUUUUAUAUAACUAUUGGUCUAACCGUUCAAUACAAUUUACAGAGUUGAUUUGAGAACUUUAAGCCAAAAAAAGAAAAGAAAAAAAAAAAGAGUACAGUGCUUCAUUUGCUCAAUAGCAAUAGUUGUUGGAUUGAGUGUUCUUCUUUUUCAGAGCAACUACUGGCGAAACUUGUUAUCUACGAGGAGCAACAGAGAAAGCUCCAAGCAGAUCUUGAGCAAGUUGCAAAGAGGGCAGACUCACAGGUGAGCUAAUAAACCAUUUCAGAUCUAAUUCUAAGCUUGUUCAAACUUGUUUUUAGACCUAUAUCUUAACCCACUUACCAGCAAAUGUAUGGAACAAAUUUCAUAUUUAGAUUGUGGUUAUAUCUUUGAACUACAAGCUUUACUCUGCGUACCAUAACCACUUCAUCUUAUUGAAGUGGUUAUGGUGCAAAUAACAUUUCCCUUUUUUCUGUGUGUAAGGGUGCUAUUUUCAUAAUGUCAAAGCCCUUGCUGCUUGUCUCUCAGGCAGUUUAACUUGUAAAUAAGGAAAAAAAAUAUAAAAAUUUUUUUUUACCUCUGCACUUUUAAAGUGCAGAGUUUGGCCUGGGGGAUGGAGGUGGGGGGUGGACAAGAGAAAACAAACUGUUAAAUCGCACUCCAUCUUCUGGACUAUAACUCCUAUCAUGUUUAGCAGCUAUGAGAGAAGAUUUUAGGGCUCAGGGAAUUUUGACAAAGGCGUUUUUUUUUUUAAAACAAUUAAAUGCAUUUAAAACAUUUUGUUAUUUUAUGACAUGGUUUGCAUGAAUUGACUUUUCAUCUGGAUAGUCCUUGCAAAUAUAUUCAGUGCUAAGAAGCUUAGUAAAAAGGCUCAGCUCUGCAAGGUUUGGAUUUCUUUAGUGUAUCAGAAAUAAGUGCAUUGAAUGCUAUACUGUCCCUUCAAGUUGCAGAUAUUCAUAUUGUCAUCUGGCAGAAAAGAAGGGAUCCUGUGCAGACUUUAUUGUCCUAAUAUUUUGUAUCUAGAAGAAGAUUAUUCUUGUCCAGGGUCAGUCUGUGAUUUUAGUCAAAAAUCUCAUGAAAUCCUGUGUUCUCCAGAUCAGCAAAUAAGGGUUUUGCUCACAUUCUCUAAACCGUGUAUGGCAGUGUAUCUGUACACACGGGUGGUGGGCACACACUGACAGGCUGUCUGGCCAGCCCCCAACUUUCAGUUGAAAUUCAAUUCAAAUAAAUGUUUAUAUAUUUUGUGUGGUGGCAAACAGUGGUGUUUGAAAUGUUAUUUUGGUUGUAAGGAUCAAUUUACAGAAAACGUUAACUCCAAAUGGCUCUAGCUAGUUCAGCAAAUACUCAAAGCAGACCUGUGGUAUUUUUUAAAUAAAUAUAUAAAAUGCUGGCUUUCAAACGGUCAUCACCCUCUCCUAUCACAUGGCUAUAAUAAAUCCUCCCCAGACAAAAAUGAAGCAAAAUGUGUAAAUCCUUUUAUAGCAUCCCCACUGUCUAAAUCAUUUGUGCUUUAUGUUGGGCGUAGUUCUUGGCAUACCACCUCUAACAUACAUUUCUUAUCCCUAGACGAGCGAGUCGGGCAGUGUGGAUGAGUUACAGAGUCAGAUGCUGGAAUGGCAGGAUAUGAACAUGGAAACUGAACCGACCCAACAUCAUGACCCAGAAGAAAAGUCUGUUUUAGCCAUGAGGAUGGUGCAGAUCGAAGAGGAACGAGAAGGUGAAUUCUCCUAUUUCUUUUAUGAGAUGGAAUUUCCUUGCCUGGUUUCUUUGUGUCUAGCUAAAUGGAGUUGUCACAUAUCUUGGGCUUGGGUGCUGUCCAGAGCAGUGGUUGCUAUAAAGACCCUAUUAACAAGCCACUUUGAAUUUUAAUUUGGAUUUGAAUUUUUGGGAAUUUAUAUUUUUAUUUUUUUUGUGUUUGUGAAAAAUCCCACAUUGAAAGAAAUCCCUUCUGUGUUUGGAUUAUUGUUCUUAAUAUAACGGAUUUAAUUUGGUUUAUUAGUCUGACUUCCAAGCUAGCUUUAAUAUGCCAAUCAGAUAACUACUCAUACAUCCUUGGUGGUUGGGGCUUUGCACUAUAAAUCAAGUAUUUAUUAAUUAGCAAAACUUUGGCACCAUCUGAUGUUCGAAUUGUAGAUCCCCAGAUGUUGUAGAACUACAACACCCAUGAUGCUUUGCAUGCCUUUAGAAUGACAAAGCAUCAUUGAAGCUGUAGUUUUAAAACAUCUGGGGAUCUACCUUUUGGGCUUCUCUGAUAUAGAUCAGGUGGCUGGAUCCAGGAAAAAUGUAUUGUGAAAAAUCCAAGAAUUUUUAGAGAAUACUUAUUUUGGAAAUUUGCUAGCAGGCGUCUUUUUCUCAUCAGCUCUAGUGUUCUCACCUUGAAAAGGGGUCAAUGCUGGAGCUGUUUUAAUUAUGAGUUUAGCAAAUGGCAGCUAGGAUAAUGGCAAAGGCAAUUACGAAUUAAAGUGCAGGCCAGCGCUUACAAUAUCAUAGGGCAAAUAAAUUGAGGCACUUAUUUGUCAAGGGGAUUUACACGUCACUUAUAAUGAGUAAUGUUUUGAUAAUUGAUGGCCUUUAGCUAUUUUCUAUAUUUAGUCCUUGACUAAGGCAACUUGAUAAAUCUUUAAGGCCCAGUAUGGAAAGUAAUAAUUCAUCAUUGGGUCAUCUUUUCAUUGACAGACACAGUAUAUAGGUCAAUGUUAUCUAUUAAGGAAAACAUAAUAAAUAAUCUUAGCAGAUUUAAGGGUUAAAAAAGUUGAUAUUAAAAUUUUGCUUAGUUAGCCUUCUGAUUUUUAUUUUUUUAUUACAGUGCUUCAGAUAGAGGGCUGAUUAUGUUUCUCCAUACAGACACUCUUAAUGGAGUGUUCUUGUGGCUCUUAUUACCCAUUUCAAUGGACACUGUAGGCACUGUAACUGCUUCGUCACAUUAAAGUGUCUGUAGCCCCCUGGAGCAAUCCUUCCAUUCAGCGUUAAACAGGUUUUUACGUUUUUUUUUAGUUUUUUUUUUUUAAUGCUAAAUAAGAGUCCUCAGCUAUCAUGAAGCAUUAAACUCGGCAGCAAUGGUUAGCUGUGAUUGGUUGAAAGUGUCAGCCAACCUCUUUCAGCCUAUCAAAGUGUCCCAUUGUUGGUAUUAAUUGGUAUGGCUAGAAGGAAGUGGGUUAUCUCUACUUCAGCCACACCUCCAAAGAGGAGGUCAAGGACCCUUAUUUAGUGUUACCCUGCUUGAAAAUGGUUUAACACUAAAUGGAGGUAAUGUGCCAGGGGACGUCGGGCACUAUAACCAAUUCAAUGAGUUAAAAUGGUUAUAGUGCUUACAGCGUCUCUUGUCUGAAAUUAAAUUUGAAUUUAAAAUAGCCUAAUUGGAAAAGUUUGAUUUUAAAAAUUCCAACUUUAUACAUCAAAAUAAGUAACAGCAGCACAGCAACAUUUUUGAAAAAAAUCAAUUUUGCCUCCUGUAUUUAUUUUCCCUUUAAAUCCUCGCCAGUCUGCUUUUCAGGUUUUAAUGAAGAUGUUUCUAUAACUGGUGUAGAUACCAAUUAAUGCUGUGGCACAGUUCUGUGGCACAUAUUCUGCAGGGCUGUUCUGAAGCACCUUCUGCGGCUACUUUGCAUAUCUCUGGUAGCGGCAAGAAUACAGCUGUGGCAGAAGGGACCACAGGUGGGAUGGGGAGUUCUGACUUUUGACCUUCUUAAUAAAUACAAGUGACUACUUAUUUACACUUGUUUUGCUAAAACAGAAUGGAUGAAACUGGGUAGUUCAGUAAAUUCUGCACAGCUGCAGCUUAGUAGUCUUGUUAUAAAAUCUGCCACUUUUGGAAGUUUUACCCCGUACCUGUAUUCGCUAACCUUGGCACUCCAGCUGUUACGAGCUACUUUCCCAUGGUGCUCAGCUAGCUUUACAGCAGUGUUUCCCAAACCAGCACUCGCGGCCCACCAACAAUCCGAGAUUUAUGUAUUUACCAUUUUGUAUUCCAAUGGAGAUAUUGACAAAACCUGGACUGUUGCUGGGUUGUGAGGCGUGGUUUGAGAAACACUGCUUUACAUUAUCAGACAUACCUCCUGUGCAUCCAGUAUUACAAAGUGACCUGCUCGGGCUGUUACGUUUCUAAAGUUUCAUUUUAUUAUUUUUUUUGGGCUGAGCAUGAUUUUUUUUUUUUUUUUCUUCACCAUUAAAUAUGCUGAGUGCUCAGUGUUCCUACCCUCCACUCUUCCACCCUACACUGUGAUUUGUUCAGCCACUAAGAGCGUAGUUUCCCAUCAGUUUUGUGCAUGCAGGUUCCUUCUUGCUCUGCCAGCUGGUCCUGUACUGCUGAUGGCUUCCCCCAGAGUCUUAUCUUGCAGUGGAAACAGACAGCAGUAUAGGUCACGCUGUUUCUGCUCAUCAGUUACCUGUUUCUUUUAUUUAACACCCUAUCCAAUCCUUCUGUCUUUGUUUUUCUUGUUAGACUUUGCUUCAAUCAUCUAACAAUUUAACAAACUCUUCUUUAUUCUCAUUGCUUGUUUUUUUUAACAUAUAUAUCCACUGGGCCAGAGUGGCACUUACUAACAUCUAACUAUUAUGGGAUUCACUUUGACAUGUAGAAAUCUGAUUAUUUUAAAAUUUGCAGCCAAGGUUUGCCAUUAGCUUGGUAACCUUCAAGUAAUUUGUGAUGCUUCAUAAAUCAUUGAUCAUCAAAUCUGUUAGCAUAAAUGAGGUUCUUGCAUUUUGAUUCUGUUGUAGACCCACUUUUACAGUAACUCUUUUAAGCACAACAGAGACUUAAUGAGCAAUGCAUUUUCCUGCAAAUCUGGACGAUUUCAAAUCACACACGUGUGUAGAAUCUGCACAGAAUUUAGUCUGUCAUGUGCAUGUUUAAGGAGUUUAUUUAGUAAAUGGUGAGUUGACAGGUGAUUUGCAAUUUUAAGGUCAAAGUAACUGAUCUUCAGAAAAACUAUAUUUCCAACUCACUAUAGACUCCUAGGCCAUAAACUGAAUCAACAGCCUCUGUUCUGCUUUUGUUGUCUGCUGUGCAUGAUUUAAAUUGCUCACUGGAUCAAUAUAACCCUUUGUCAGAUCACAAAACAGAUGGGAUUUUUUCAGUAAAUAUGGUAAAAAUUUCUAAGCAUAAACAAAUAAGGCAUAUUCAGUUUCACUCCAACUUUAUUUGCCUUGUAAGUGAUUUUAUAAUUCAUGGUCAUAAAAGGUCUGCGAUUUGUAAAUGUGUUAUGAGAUGGAUUGAUGCCAGUUUGCAGUGUGACUUCCUCCAAUUAACUGACAUUGUAAUUGCACUAAAAUCAGAGCUGCCUCCCUAACAUUCUAUCUGUUAUACCCUGCUAAUCCUUUCGGAUAGGUUGGACGGGGGUCUUUCCCGGUGUUUCCUGGAAGUUGGCAAAAUGUGCAUGUUUAGACUAUGUAUCCAUUUUUGGCAGCUUGUAAAACUGAAUUAUCUGCUUGACAAAUCCAGAAGUGGAUUUGUCAAACAGGGAUGUCUAUGUAGUUGCAGUAAAGGCAUGUAUCCCAGAACGUAGUAGGUGUUUGUUGCAAAUGUAAGUGUGGGCUUGUGGGUCAGUGGAGCUUUGUUUUAAACUGCUUUCCUGUGGCACAAAACUGAUUGAGGAUGACUGGUUCUUUCCUGGCUGCUCCGAUCCAGCCAUGGACUCAGGGCAGCAGGAGCUGGAGGAGGAACUGAGCACAGCCCGCGGGAUGGGCAAACUACGGCAAGCAAGAAGGAAAGUCCGAAGAGGAAGUGUGAAGCUGCAGGUCAGUGCCCACUCCUUAUAUAUUCUCUGUCUUGUGUAUGUAAAGCGGUAUAGACCUAGAACAGCGAUGGAUUACAUUUGCACAUCAAAUGGUUCUGAACUACAUUUGCCAUGAGCCAACCCUAAAGCUGACUAAGCGUAGGAGAAAGGCAGUUCAGAAACAUCAAGCAUGUCACACUUUGCCAUCACUUAUUCUGAAUAUGUUCUCUAUCGCUGAAAUCUGCUACUCCGUUUUCAUUUUAACUGAUUUUCCUGUGCAAUUCCUCUACAACAUUAUUACUUAUAGUUAGAUCUUUUUCCUUAGCUAAAGGGACACAGUUUAACAAAAUACUGAAUUGUGCGCAUUGAGAAAAUUACUAUUAUUAUUGGAAAUUUUUUUUUUUUUUUGUACUUGGGGUAUUGGGGCUGACCAGACUUGGAAGGAUUAAAGGAAAACUAUAGUGUUAUGAAUACAAACAUAUAUUACUAACACUAUAGUGCUGGAGUAACGGUUCAUGUCGCAGGCCCCCCUCUGAGUGAAGUUAAAAGGUAUUUAAACAAACCUUUUCUCCAUAGCCAUGCAGGAUGAAUCAAUGCAUGUCUUUGGGAAGCGUUCAGCACUGAAAUAGGAAGCACCUCUAGCGGCCAUCUGAGUGACUGCCACUAGAGGUAUUACUGUAAAGGCACAGACUAUAGACACCAGAACACUACAUUAAACUGUAGUGGUUCUAGUGACUAUAGCGUCCCUUUUAAUUCAGCCAAAACCAGUGUGUUCUAAGAACACUAUUUAUUUUUGUUUGGCUACUCCAAAUUUCCAAAUAAGCUAGUUUAGCCUAAAUUUUGCAAGUUGAUUAUGAGAGAGAGAGAGAGAGAUUUUUUUCCUGAUUAUAAAAGCCAUUUUUAUUUUGUGUUUUUGGAAUAGCAUGCAAUCGUAGAGACCAUUUGAGAUAAUAAGGAAAGCAUCAGUAUAGUUUUCUCGACCACAUUCCCAUGCACUGCUUGUCGGAUACUGAAUAAACUUAGAAUCUAGCUACAUCUAGCCUAUUUAUAUUUUAGGGGCAGUACAUAAAGUUUUUUCCAUUUUUAAGCUUUAGUUUACCGUAAGUUCUGCUGCCAACUCCACUCAGUGAAAUGUAUUCUCUCACAGUAUCAAGGCAGGUCUCUUAAAAUAAAAAGAAUCCAGUCUUUUGGGUAAAACGAAAUUGGAAUAAAAGUGAUUUAAUGAAUGAGUUGUCACACAAUUCCUCUUCCAAACCUGGAUCUGCCUGGGUACCACUUCUAAUUUCUCGGGACAUUUCACUUGCUUAGAAGUUGAUUUAUGUAAGUGCAAUUUACAUCUAGCUAUUUAUCUCUAAGCUAAUGUUACAUUUUCUGUUAACUUAGGACGAAUAUGAGUAUAACAACAAAAGCUUUGAAGAUGAGAACCUGACUCUUGACAGCAUUGAAUCGGCUGAGGGGGAGAACAUGGGAGGUUGGUGGCCUGAGUACAGUUCUCCUAAUUCAGGUUUGACCCCCACUAGACAGUUUAUUAACCCCUCGUCUGACCUCUGACAGGCGAAGGGUGAAGCAUGCACUGCAUCACUUUUUCAGUUUUUUUUUUUUAGUUUUUUUUAUUUAUAACUAACAUGUCUUCAUUGCGUGUUGGUACCUAAUCUUUAUUUUGUGAUUUAUUCUAUUAUUUUUGUUGUUGCUCAUUUCUUUGUUUUUUCAUUUUGAGGCAUGUGCAAGCUGGAUGAACUGCCUAGUUUGGCUCACCGUUCUUGUUACAGUGUUACAGUGUUCCAUGUGGGUCUGGUAAUGUGUGUCUUCACUGUUUUUAAAGCUUUUACAUUUAAAAUAUUUCUAUACUCAUGAAUCAAAUCACAGGGCUAUUUAUAAAGAGAAAACAUGGGGUAAGUUUCUAACGUAGAGCAAUCGCCAUGGAAACCAAUGAAAUUGACUGCUGCAUAUUUAGAAUGUGCCAAAUCCCAGUUCUAAUAUUAUCACUUUAGAAACAUCGAAACAUAAUAUGUGACGGCAGAUAAGAACCAUUCGGCCCAUCUAGUCUGCCCAAUAAAUAAGGAAUCUCAAACUCUCCCACCAUGGUAAUGGCCUACAACUCCCAUAAUUCUUUGAGUACAAUAAAUGGUCAGAUAAUCAUGGGAGUUGUAGUUCUGCAUCCUAUCGAGGCGGAUGCCUGCUUUAAAUAAAGUGGCUCAGUCACCUUCUCUGGUCUUGGUGUAUUAUGCAAAGACCCCUGAUGGUGACAUCGCUGCUCAGUUUUACAAGGCCCAGGGGUGCAGUGUGGGAAAGUUAUACUUACCUGCAGCUGCCCCCUGCAGGCUCCACCAUCUCCAAAUGCUGUACCCUUGCACAUGCUCAAGAGUAUAACACUGAUAUCUACGGAGAGUCUUGCGAGACUGUGGACACAUUUGUAGAUAUUGUCUCGCAAUGAGCAAGCAAAUACCUUACUUACCACAGCCAUUGUUGGCAACAGUUGCAGAAUUUGUCACAAUUUGAUGGCUGUAACUCUCUUUCAUCACAUUUUAUCAACUUGAGGCUUUACAAUGAGACAAAGUUCUCACUAAUCUGCCUUAUGAUCUAUUUUCACUGCGUUGGGAUUUCAAUGAAAUGCCAAUGCAGUCUUCAUGAACAUUUCAUAAAUGCUCCGAAAAUAUAUUGGUGCCUGAGCCACUUUAUUCUGGGUCAGUAAAUUCAUGAUGUGACCUACUCGGCUAACGUGUAAGAUCAGACUGUCAGUAAAUUGAGCUGGCAUAACCACGUGGAUUUAAAAAGUCCCACAAUAUGCAAAUCUGAUUAAUUGCUUGGAUUUUCUAUCUCCCCUUAUAGUGAACAGUCUCAGAAAUAUGUAAUAUUGCAUGUCCUUCAAAUACAACAUAAUAGCAUUGAAAUCCAUGUUUAGCUCACGUUCAUCUAGCCUAUUGCACUGUUGCUGGAAAAUGCUUUAUUGUGUAAAAUGUAUUGGCAUAAUUAUGUUUAAUUAUGAUUUACAUUUUGUUUUCUGGCUGUAUGUGUAGCGUGUCACAUGCAUCUUUUAUUUCGGUAGCAAAUUAUAUGCAUGAUAAAGCUUCAUUUUAAUAGAUUGUUCUGGUUAGCAUAUCAUGACACCUGCAAUGUCAUGAGUUUAAUAAUGAUGGUGAUAAAACCGAAUAAAGAGACAUUGAAAAUAUGUAAUGGUAAAGAUGACGAAAUAUAGGUAGAUGUGGGUAAAAGGCAUUUAUCUGUAUGUCUGGUGUCUUUAAAUAAUUGGUUAGUACUAGAAUACUGCAUACUUGAUUGAUUUCCAUAUACAUACACUGCAAAAGUAGAAAAUGUAAAGACGUUAAAAAGAAAAAAAGAUUUUGUCAUAUCCCAGGUACCUGCAUCCAGCAUGGCUCUUUUAGUUUAGAUGUCUAAACUAAGAUCUGUUCCGGUAAACCGCAAACAUUUAGUUUAUAGCUUGUACCUCAAAGUUCUUUAUCAAAGAUCUUGGAUUGGAGAGAGAUGUAAUGGAUAUUGGCGGUGUAGUCAUUCUGGGACAAAGUUCUGAAAUGGAGCAAUCUCAAACACUCAUUUGGUUCCCUUCGUGACUGCUCCAUUUUUAUUAGAACUUCGCCUAAUAAUUGUCCUUGAUCCACUUUAGCCAUAGUUGGUUUUACUUCCUGCCUUUCGAACACUGGAGGAUUGAGUGUGCUACAGUAAGAGUUACUCACACUACAAAGUAUAUAGUCCGAGGGAAAGAAUUAGGUUACCAUUUUGCUGACAAUAUCUGUACAGUUGGUGUUACUGUGGCAGUUAGAGGCUGUGAAUUCCAUUUGUUCUUUUGCAGGUUUACGCACCGUUGUGGAAGAGCUGGAAUUGGAGCGAAACCAACUGCAGGAGCAGAUUAUGGGUUUAGAAGAACGCUGCCAGGAAUUGGAGGACAAACUACAGCUACAGGCUAGAAUAGAGUCCCUCCAGGUAUGUGCUUGAGACUCACCAUCAAUUUACAACAUGGUGCAGACAGAGACAGCCAAUGCCUUCAUGCUUCACAUUGACUCCUUUGCUUUUAUAGAGCUGUGCAGAGCUGGGGCAUGCUGCAAAUUAACCCUCUGAAACACUGACUAGCUAUGCCUUCCUGGUGUAUACGACUGAUUUUCUUCUCCAUGUUGGCAUUUGUGCACACGUUGCACAGAUGUUAAAUUUACUAAGUCUUCUACCUAUGUCGAUGAAUAGUUUGAAAAUAGUUGGAGAAUCUGUACAUCUGUAGGAUUUGUAACAAACCCUUUUAACACAGGUAACAUUUGAUGUAGAGGAAGAGACUCAGCGCUUUUUCAAGGUGUGUUCUCCUGGUGGAUGGUGUGUGUCGUGAAGGGGUUAAUAACACUGGUUGUGUUCGAUAUUCCUUAUGUUACUAACCAUGUGCACUGUUUCUGUUAGUUGGCUACUCACAAAAGUGUGUGAUUUUUGGUGCUAUAUAACAGCAAGGCUAUGUUGCAAUGUGAAGUUAUUUUGCUCAAGGUCUCUGUUACUUUCAAACCCAACACAUCAUUUUUAGAGAUUUGUGUAAUUGUGUAACGUUGACUUGCGUGUAUCUAUUUAUUCAUUUAUUGGAAUUUUUUUUAAUUUUAUUUAUUGAGCAGCAAAAUGCUUAAACACGCUGUCACAGAAGAUAUAUUCUGAACACAAAUGCAGGCUUAUGUCGUUUUAGUAAAAGACAAUGCUACAAUGAGGCAUUUUUAGCGAUAACAGAAGCGCUCUCUAUAAAGAGACAGCUGGGGUCCAUUAAAAUGCACGGCUAGUUACCUAUAGAAAGGCCUAGUGAAUGAGAAAAGCACUACAAUAAUACCACAAGCUGGACAUUUUCACAUCUGGUGUAUCACAGGGUCCACAAACAAUUGGCAUUAGGAACAAACAUCAGUCUUCUGAGUUAUCUAUAAAUAAGUAAAGUAUUUUUCUGGUGUCCAAAAGGUCUGCCCAAGAAAAAAAAAAAAGUAGAUUUCUGCAAACUUAAAAGAUUCCAAGAACUGAGUGCAGUCUGUCUCUCAUACUCGUAAAUGAUGGAUCGCCAGGAAAGUCCAGUCAAUGAGCCUUAGCACUCAGAAGACCAAUGUCGGUUCUGAGUAAAUCUGGAUGGUACAUUGGAUUCAGUGGGAGAUAUGUGUAAUCUAAUGGAGUUUUAAUUCUUGUCACCCAAUGCACCACUCCAGCCUUUGGCAACUAUUACUGACACAAGCUUGAACCCUCCUGUUAGCUGUCAUGCCAUUCACUGGUUAUUAAUUAACCAAUACUGAGGGAGGGAAAAUAAUUAAUGAUUAAGAAAUUAUUGUUACAUUAAUUUGCCAAAGUUUCAUAUUAAGAAUAAACUUUAUAUAUAUAUAUAUAUAUAGUUUCCUCCACUUAUCUUCAGAUGUUAAUUAUUCUUAAUUUGUGGGCCAUCUCGCAACAGGAUAGUGGUUUAAAUAAUAAUAAAUAGUUACAGGGUUUUUCACUAAAGAUAGAAUUUCACAUUCUAGGUUGUGUAGCCAAAUUGGAAGAAUAACCAAGUUGGACAAAUCCACCAAUUUAGCUGUUUUGACCCUAAACCUUUGAAUUCCCACUGUUAGUAUUGGAUUGCUCUAAACAUGCACCGUCCCAGAAUAUAUCUUACUGUAUAUUUUAAAUGACUUGCGUAUUGACAGGUUUACACAUGAGGUGAAGGGAAGUUGAUUUAGUUUUGUCAUUAUUGUAUUGUAAAGGAUGCACACAUUUAUUCUGCCUGACUGCUUAUCAGUACUUUGUAUGCUACAGUUCCCCUCUUUAAAGGGUUACUCCAAGCGCCAUCUCUGAUUUGAAGUGGUCAUGGUUUCCAAUAGUUUAUUCAUUUAAUGUGAGCAACAUGCUCAGCCCUGUAACGUCCCGUCAACAUCCAGCGCCUUACUCUACAUUUCGUUUACAACAAGGAACCGGUUGUGUAGUCUCCUCUUACUGAGCAUUUCACCCUCUUAAAAAACAUCCAGUCUGCCUGCAAUCUCAGAAAAGCAUUUUCUAUCAAAUUUUGACAGCAUUGCCAGGAUUGCUUGGCUAAGCAGCCACUGCACUCACGUUGUCCCUGAAGUGAAUAUUCCUUAUUGUUGCGUCCCAAGGCAGAGGGGAUUGAAUACAUUUGGAUGAUUUCCUGGUUUCCAAUCUGCUUGGUGAAAGGUUUGACAAAAAUAGGGUUUACUACUAAAUAUGAAUUGCACCAUAGCCACUAAAAUAAGCCGGAGUGUUGCAAGUAGAGUUUUUUUCGAUUAGAGUGUUCCUUUAGCCCCUUAAGGACCAAACGUCUGGAAUAAAAGGGAAUCAUGACGUCACAUAAGUCAUGUGUCCUUAAGGGGUUAAAGCGUUAAAGGUACAAGAGCACAUCCAUGAUGCAAGACCCACGUUCUUUGAAAAAAGAAAAAAAAAAAAAGUGCCAAAGUGCCAAACCGUGUCCCAUAAACACUUGUGUGUAGGUAAGUGCAACGGAUAAUGUUCACAGCUUAUUCAUUGAAAACAAAUGAUUUAAGAAUAAUUUCAGCAAAGUGAAUGGAAGCUGCUAGUUGCACAGGAGUGUUUGGAUAAUGACCAGCUAUUUCUAAGAGACCUGUAGGAGGAUCAGGAUUGGCUGGAAGAUGACAGACAUUCCAUGUUUAAAGAGAAGUUCCCUAAAAAAGGGUCAGGGCUAGAAGAUUUUACUGCAAACUUGCAUAUUCAAUGGCAACUGUUUUAAAACACGGCCAUAAACCAAUCUUGUAUCGUUCCUUUAAAAAAAAAAAAUUACAAAUGAAGCCAUUGCAUAUGCAAAUUAAUGAGCAGAUUGUUUUAUAACUCCUAUUAGGAAGUGCAGUGAAAUUUACGAUUUGCCUUUUGUUUUUAUAUUUUUAUAAGAACAUAAAACCUUUUCUAAUCUGUUUGCAUGCAUGUGGCUAUAGCAAAUCUGGAUUGAGGAUUUGUUGUAUUUUGAAUACACUUUGUACCAUUUCUAUAUUUUUACUGUAGAAUGAAAACGAGCGAUUGCAGACACAGCUUGGGCAGUUCCGUCACCAGCAGAGCCGAGAAUCUGAGAAGAGCCAGGAUCUUAUAACGGACUUGAAUGAGCAACUUAAAGGGUAUCAUUUCUCCUCAAGUUUAAUUAUUCAUCUUAUUUCUGAAUAAAUAAUUUACAUGUGCAUUAGAGCUGAUUAAAGGGGCGUAUUGGCCUUCUGAUCUUGCAUUGAAAAGGUCAGUUUAGCAAACUAAGUAAAAAUUAACUUACAACUUCCAUUUGUUAAAGACGCGCCAUUAGCACUAUAAGCACGACAGCCUGCGCUUUAAUUAUAAUCCCAGCAUUAAAUGGUGCUGUCCUUCAGUUCUGUACCAAAACAGUUUUUUUUGCAGGGGCCCCCCCAGGCACCUGUCAUCUGGUAUUUCACUCAACAUUGGUUUAGUAUAGAGCAAGAGGUCCCUGUGUAUAAAGGUUUAGCAUAGAGCUAGCUAUUCCUAUUUAUAUAGGUUUAGUAUAGAGACAGUGGUCCCUAUGUAUAUAGGUUUAGUAUAGAGCAGCGGUCCCUGUGUAUAUAGGUUUAGUAUAGAGCAGAGGUCCAUAUAGUGUGUGUGUGUGUGUAUAUAUAUAUGUGUAUAUAUAUAUAUAUGUGUAUAUAUAUAUGUUUAGUAUAGAGCAGUGGUCCAUAUAGUGUUUGUGUAUGUGUGUAUAUAUAUUUAGUAUAGAGCAGCGGACCAUAUAGUGUGUCACAGACUACAGGCAUAUAGUUUCCUUGCCUUCCACCACUCUUUAGAGGGACACUAUAGGCACCCAGGCCACGUCAUCUCAGUGUCCCCCUUAGGCUUGAAAUGUGAAACAGAGAAACGGCAAUGUUUAUAUUGUGGUACUAAGACUGCCUCAAGUGGCUGCUUGGAGUUUCACGGGGUGUGAUUCAGUGAAACUACGCUGGACGUCCUCACGCUCUGCAUGAGGACGACCAGUGUUGGAGAGAACCCUAUAGGAAAGCAUUGAGGCAAUGCUUUCUUAUGGGGAAGAUUUAAUGUGUUUGCGACGCUUGCCGCACAUGCGCAUUCUGUCUCCCAAUCGGAUGACGUUGGAGGAGGCAGACCAUGACCAGAAACGGGAAAGUGAAUAAAGGAUUAUUUAACAUUUUUAAAGGGGGGGGGAGGGUCACGGGGCUGGGGAACAUGUUAGUGUUAGGAAUACAUCUUUGUAUUCCUAACACUAAAGUGAUCCUUUAAAGAGAGUAGGUAGAUUAAAGGACCUUCAGUGCAUAAUUCCACUCUAUUGAACUAGCUUUUAUUUAUUUUUAUUUUUUUUAAAUCAAGGCUUACAUCAUAAUACAUUCCAAUGAGGGCAUUUAUACAGUGCAAGAAUAUGUAACUGGUAACACAUAGAAAAAUAUAUUGCAUACAAAUAGACACUGCCUUAUUUAUAUUAUAUAAACUGUCAAGUAAGAUGUCUCAAAAGCAAGCGGCACGUGAGAAUAAACUAUUAUUAACUUGCUUUUUAUUACACAUGGUAAUAUAUUAGCUGUACUAGUCAUAAGCAGAAAUAAGUAGCGUAUUUAGUGAGUGCUGGAUUGCCACACUAUCAAUAGAACAUUAUGUGAGCAUAUUGAUGAAACAUUCCAUUUAUAUAACUGGAACUACGGGCUAUAGAAAAAGUCUUGUGGGCUGCAUUGGCCAGUGACACUUCAGUUGUACACUGUAACUAUUCACAAAGAAAUCAAUUAAACGAGUACUGCUGUAGAGUGGAUCUAUGGCCCACUCAGCCAAUGCCUGCGGAGGGAGUUCAAUCAGGAAACGAAAGUCCAGCCAAUACAAGUGAGUCCCCCACCAGCCCCAAGCAUUUAAUACAGUCCAGAACGAUGCUCCCCUUAAUCAGGUAGCGUCUGGCGUCCAGAUCUGAUAUUUGAGAUCGUCCCUUCUAGAACCCUCCGACUGGGUGAGCUGUACGUGGGGAUAUUGCCCCAGUUGGUUCACAGCCUAGGCGAGUGGAGGCAAGACUGGAAGCUGGGCCUUCGGUGAUUUUGCGAUGGCUGCGGCGUCCGCUUGCUUGGACCACCUAUUUGUCAGUAUAGAAAAAUAUAAUUAUUUCUAAUGUUUCUAUGUAGAUUUUGUAUGGUAUGUAUGUUUCUUUACUGAGUUUAACAUUAUGAAAAUGCUUAGUUUAACAGACAGAAACAUGUUUCUUAAAAACGCAAUUGAGGAAAAGGAUCAGAUAAUGAGGGAAAUGACGUCAAAACUGGAGCAACUGAGAUUGAUUGAAAAUACUCUACAACAAAAGGAACUUUUACACAAAGAGAUCUGUGAGAAGCUGGAGCAUAGCGAGCAACAGGUAACUUAUGUUUGACUCCUAAAAUUAGAAAAAUAAAAACAGAUGUACGUUUUCAACCCCUUAAGGACGGCAGGCGUUCUAUGCCGUCCUUUUUUAGGCGGUCCUAAACUUAUUGAUCUUGGUAUAAAAGUACUUGGAUCAAUAAGUACUUAUGAUCAAAGUACUUUUAUAUACACAUACAUACAUCAAUAAGUGUAUUUUAAUAUUAAUAUAUAUAUAUUAUCAAAAUACACGUAGAAUGACGUUUAAAAAAAAUAAAAAAAAAAUAUAUAUAUAUAUAUAUAAAUAUAAAAUUAAAAAAAACAUUAAAAAAAUUAUAUACCAGUUUUAAUUAGUUCUAACUGUUUUUUGAUAUUGAUAUACAUAUAUAUAUAUAUAUAUAUAUAUAUAUAUAUAUAUUAAAUUCGAAAUUUAGAAUGACGUUAUAAAUACAUGUAUGUAAAUUCCACAAAUAUAUUUAUAUAAUAUUUUUACAUAAUCAAGUCAUUUUACUAAUUACAACCCAGGCAGAAAGUUCAGAGAAUUUGGCUUGCAAGCCCUAUAUUUAACCCUGAAACUUUCCAUGACACCAUAAAACCUGUACAUGGGGGGUACUGUUUUACUUGGGAGACUUUGCUGAACACAAAUAUUAGGGUUUAAAAACGAUAAAACAUAUCACAACGAUGAUAUUGUCAGUAAAAAUUUAAUUGUUUGCAUUUUUCACACACAAACUGUACUUUCACUGACGAUAUAAUUGUUAUGAUAUGUUUUACUGUUUUGAAUCACUAAUUUGUGUUUGGCAAAGUCUCCCGAGUCUAACAGAACCCCCCAUGUACAGGUUUUAUGGUGUUUUCAAAAGUUACGGAGUUAAAUAUAAGGCUUGAAUUUCCUUUUUUUUUUUUACAUAAUUUGCCAGAUUGGUUAUGCUGCCUUUGAGACUGUAUGGUAGCCCAGGAAUGAGAAUUACCCCCAUGAUGGCAUACCAUCUGCAAAAGUAGACAACCCAAGGUAUUGCAAAUGGGGUAUGUCCAGUCUUUUCUAGUAGCCACUUAGUCAUAAACACUGGCCAAAAUUACCAUUAAAUUUAGUUUUUUGCAUUUUUCACACACAAACAAAUAUGAAUGCUAACCUUGGCGUCGCAUCCAGCGUCGCAGAAGCGCCUCUUGCGGCUGUCAGGAAGACAGCCACUAGAGGCUGGAUUAACCCUGCAAUGUAAACAUAGCCGUUUUUCAGAAACUGCCAUGUUUAAAUCUGCAGGGUUUAAACCUGGGGGACCUGGCACCCAGACCACUUCAUUGAACUGAGGUGGUCUGGGUGACUAUAGUGUCCCUUUAAAGGGGAAACCUCUCUUUUCAGGUUGUUGUUUUUUCCCAUUUUAUUUUUAACCCCUUAAGGACCAAACUUCUGGAAUAAAAGGGAAUCAUGACAUGUCACACAUGUCAUGUGUCCUUAAGGGGUUAAAGGAACACUGUUGGCACCAUAACCUCUUCAUCUCAGAUAAGUGGUUAUGGUGCGUGUCUUCCCCUGGCUCUACCCCACUGUUCAGUACAAACUAUUUUUGAACAAUUUAACACUAAACAAUACAUUUGUCUGUCUGCCAUUGAACAAUUCAUGCUGAGGGCAUCUACUUUGAAACAUUUAACUGAAGGAAAAAUGCAUUACGGCUACAGAAUAUUUUUUAAAUUGACUUCCUCGUGUUCCUUUAAUCAAUGUCCUACCAAACUUCAAUUUAGUUUAAAACAGUUGCAUGUGAACUAGUAGAAACAGGUGGUAAGACAUUCUGACAUUGGAUCAGGUUGGUAAAGUUGUAAGUACAUAUAGAAUGAUAUAUUUGUGGGGGGGGGGGUUUUUUUGUGAGUUUAAAGCAGGAUGGAAUUAGCAAACUUAAAUUUUUACAUAGGUUAUGGCUGAUACAAGUUACAUUUCAGGGAUGUCCACUUUGAAUAUCUGCUGCUGUUAAAUUUCCAGAUGACGUUUACCUAUCCAGCCAUGAUACAAUCGGAUGUCAAUAUAAGUGCCUUCAGGGGGUUAUUUAUAGUUGGUAUUAUGGUGUAGAACUUGUCUUCUUCACCUAGCAGGCUUCUACCCAAUUUAUGAAAAGUUGAAUUUAUUCCAAUUAGUUUGUUGCAGUGCCAGUGUUACAACUAACUUAUCUUGUAGAGCACUAGAGGCAGCAUACAUAUUGUGCAUAUAUAUAUAUAUAUAUAUAUAUAUAUAUAUAUAUAUAUAUAUAUAUAUAUAUAUAUAUAUAUAUAUAUAUAUAUAUAUAUAUAAAAAUGGCACUAAAUAUAAGGAUUUAAUAUUAGGUGUCUAUUAUAGCUUUCAACAAUUUUAUUGUUUGUUUUCCUAGCGUGAAGAAGCCACAAAGAAACGGACUGAUUCAGAAACUGAACUUUCAGCUCUCAAGGUGUCCAACAGUGAACUUACAGAGAAGGUGUCAGCCUUUAAAGAGAUGGUAUGACCUUUAGUGAUGUUCUAUUCACAACUUUAAGGACUGUAUUCACAUACAACUGGGAAGGUUCUGACAUACACAUUUUUAAAGCACUGUGUCAGGCAGAUUGGGAAAGAUCCAAGACUGUUUGUGAUUGGAUUAUACUCCUGCAAAUAUAUAUUUAGAGAGUUGUUCAUGUGCUGUGCUGUCCAAAAAAAGAAAUGCAUGUUUAAGUUAAUUGAACAGAUUUCUUAUUUUCUCAUUAAGGGUUCAUGUAUUAGUAAGCCAAUAGUGUGAAGUUGGAGGCAACCUGUGAAAAUAGUGAGGUUUUUCCGACUGUUUACAUGCUAUAGAAUAGUUUUUGUGGGCUGCAUUGGCCAAUGACACGUCAGUUGGACACAUAGGAGACUUUUGGACCCUGUCUGAGAUUGAAAAGAAGAAACAAAUGCAAACUGUUGUUUACUAUAUUUAAUAAUGGUCUAUUUUAAUACCCUUUCUAAUGUUCUUUGAAACUUUCAGGUGUCAAGACAAGAAUCAUGUUUACAGAAGAUGCAGCUGGACCUUGACCAGACAAAUGAAGAGCUUGAUCGACUUAACACAAGUCACUUGGAGGAACGAUCACAGCUAAUUCAUGAUCUACAGCGAUGUGAGAGAGACAUGGACAUCCUGAAGGACGUUUUACAAGAGAAGGACAAGGAAAUGGCAUCCCUCACUGCCAGUCUGACUGAAUACACAGAUCAAAUUUCUGUUUUAAAAGACCAGAUUCAUUUCAAAGAGGAGCAAUUGAGAGAAAUGGCUGACACUCUUGUCAAGGCGGAGAGGGAAAGUCACAUUUUACGAGAAACGCAAAGCUCAGAUAUGCAAGAAACAAGUGCCAAAAUGUCCUCCCUCAGUGAGCAACUGAAUGAAAUAAAUAUGGAAUUGAUGAACGUGAAGUCUCUAAAUGAAUGUAAGACUAAAGAGGCAGAGGAGUUAAUUAGACAAAUCAGUGAGAACAAUAUAACAAUUAAAAACCUUCGUUUAGAGCUUCAGGCGCAGUCUGUUACACACAAUAAUCAUGUUACAGAGUGUUCAUCCCAAAUUACAUCAUUAAAGGAACAGCUUAAUGCAUCUGUUGCAAAACUCGACGAGACGGAAAUGAAAUAUAGAAAGGAAAUUGAAAACUUGAAGUCACAAUUAGAGAAAGACAGCUCUGAACGAGAGAAAAUAGCAGGUUUGUUGGAAGAAAAAAGCAAUAAAGAAAAGAGUUUUGAAAAUGAAUUGAAGUUGGCCAAAGAACAAUACAACAAACUGAUUUCUGGAAUAUCGAAAAAAGAUGAGGAAAUCGAAAAACUGUCAAAAGAAGUAGCGGUACAAAAGGAGCAUUGUGACAAGUUAGACCGAGAACUGCAAACCAAAGAGGAACAUUUAUCAACUUUACAACAAACCUCGGAAAAUGUUUUACGGGACAGUGAGGAGAAGCUGAAAACCCUGCAGGAGAAGAACCAAGAAUUUCAGAGCCAACUUUGCGAUAAAAAUAAAAUGAUUAAUACAUUUGAGGCAGAGAAAAAUGAGCUCUAUGCAAAAUAUACAGGUCUAGAACGGACUCUCGCAGAAAGAGAUCAAACCUUAAGUGCCCAGUUAAAUUCAGUUGAGGAAUUAAAAAGAAAAGUUGAAGAGCUGGAGAACCACAACAAAGGUUUGUGUAGCCAGCAAGAACAUGUAGUGGAGACACUGCAUCAGAAAGAGUCAGAGGUGUUCUCUUUGAACCAGACACUACUAGAUCUUCAAAACAAAGUGACUCACACAGAGAAGUUACUGACUGACGAGCAGACAACCGUGUCUAAGCUCCUCGCUGAUAAAGAUGAAUUGCUGGCUAAAGUGGAUAGUAUUUCUGCCCAAUGUGUGCUGAAUGACAGUGUUGUUGCUGCACAGUUAGAGGAGAAAGCAAAAGAGUGCCUUAGUGUAAAGGAACAGUUAAUAAAAGAGCAGGAAUUGUCUCAGAGGAUGGAAACCCAGGUACGUUCUUUAGAGAAGGAGCUAAAGGAAGCUCAGAGGUAUGUAGAGGAGAAAGAUGAUGCACUUCAAGCAAAGAUGUCUGAAUGUAACUUCGUUUGUGAGGCUCUCACUCAGAACCAAGAGAAAAAUAUGCAGCUUUUAAAGCAAGUUGAAGAACUGAGUCGAGAUAUAGAAAGCAGAAAGCUCGCUUUACACGAAAAGGAUGUUUUCAUAAACCUGCAGCGUGUAGAAGCAGAGGUGGUAAAAAGCAACUUUGAGAAGUUACAAGGUGAAGAACAAGAACUGAGAGAGAAAUAUGUAAAUGUUUCAAAGAACUUGGAACAGUUGAAUGUUACAAUUCAAAUGCUGCAACAGAAGCUUUGUCAUAAAACCGAAGAAAAUGCUACAUUAAGCACAAUUGCAGAAAACCGUAGUAAAGAAAUCGAGAAAUUAAGAAUAGAAAAAGAUGAGGCAUUGGUCUCCUUGUCUAAUAUGAAAACCCAUUGUGAGAGCCUCCAAUCACAAGUAGAUAAGACCCAAUCCGAGGGGUAUUUAUUAAAGCAACAGUUAGACACCUUACAGCUAGAAAAUGAAAAGCUUGGUUCCAAUCUUGAGGUGACCAGUACAGCUUUGGCUAAGAAGACUGACGAAAUCACUCUUUUGAGUUCGCAUUUAUCUCAGCAGGGUCACACAAUUCUGUCUUUGAACGAUCAAAUCGAUACCAUACGCAUGGAGAAGCAAGCACUUUUCAAUAGUGUGGAAGUGAAAGACGCCCUUCUUUUUCAGAAGGAAGAGUUGAUUAAACAAACAGAGAAACGGUUAGAAGGGGAAGGCCAUUACCUACAGCUGAUUUCCAAGCUCCAGAAUGAGUUACAAAGCGCGAUCUCUGAGCGUACGUUGCAGCAGCAGACAACCGAAGAGCAAGAGGCACAGUUGAAGAAGCUUGUUCAAGAAGUGAAACUGUACAAAGACAAAAGCGAGGAAGCAGAGUUGCUUCGAACUCAGUUGUCGGACCAUAUGGAGGUCAUUUCUAACCUUCAUUCUCAGAUCCAAAAUCUCAGGGAUAAUAUAGAAGAAUUAAAUGUCACUUUAACAAAGAAAGAGGACUCCCUUAAAGAGAAAGAUGGUAGUUAUAUGAAAUUAAAGGCUCGGCUUGCUGGAGUUAAGAAUUCUUUAGGACAGCAAAAAAGUCAGGUUGAAAACUUGAUAUCGGAAAACAACCAGUAUAAGGCGGAUCUGUUGGAAAAGGAAGGGGCGUUGAAAAAUUCACUGUUGGUGUACGAAGACCUGAAACAAAAAUUUCAGAAUAAAGAGGAGCAAUGUGAAACCUUAAUACAACAGGCAGCCUCCAUAGAAGAAAUAAAUAGCCGUCAAACUUGUGAGAUAAAUGAAUUAAAAACAUUGAUUAGGGAAACGGAAACCUCUCUUUUAAACAAGGAAGCUUUGAUAAAGUCCCAAUUAGAAGAGAAAAUUGCACUUUUGCAUAGUGUGGAAGAGAAAGACUCCCUUCUUUCUCAGAAGGAAGAGCUGAUUAAACAAACAGAGAAACGGUUAGAAGGGGAAGGCCAUUACCUACAACAGAUUUCCAAGCUCCAGAAUGAGUUACAAAGCGUGAUCUCUGAGCGUACAUUGCAGCAGCAGACAACCGAAGAGCAAGAGGUACAGUUGAAGAAGCUUGUUCAAGAAGUGAAGCUGUACAAAGACAAAAGCGAGGAAGCAGAGUUGCUUCGAACUCAAUUGUCGGACCAUAUGGAGGUCAUUUCUAACCUUCAUUCUCAGAUCCAAAAUCUCAGGGAUAAUAUAGAAGAAUUAAAUGUCACUUUAACAAAGAAAGAGGACUCCCUUAAAGAGAAAGAUGGUAGUUAUAUGAAAUUAAAGGCUCGGCUUGCUGGAGUUAAGAAUUCUUUAGGACAGCAAAAAAGUCAGGUUGAAAACUUGAUAUCGGAAAACAACCAGUAUAAGGCGGAUCUGUUGGAAAAGGAGGGGACGUUGAAAAACUCAUUAUUGGUGUACGAAGACCUGAAACAAAAAUUUCAGAAUAAAGAGGAGCAAUGUGAAACCUUAAUACAACAGGCAGCCUCCAUAGAAGAAAUAAAUAGCCGUCAAACUCGUGAGAUAAAUGAAUUAAAAACAUUGAUUAGGGAAACGGAAACCUCGCUUUUAAAUAAGGAAGCUUUGAUAAAGUCCCAAUUAGAAGAGAAAAUUGCACUUUUGCAUAGUGUGGAAGAGAAAGACGCCCUUCUUUUUCAGAAGGAAGAGCUGAUUAAACAAACAGAGAAGCGGUUAGAAGGGGAAGGCCAUUACCUACAACAGAUUUCCAAGCUCCAGAAUGAGUUACAAAGAGCGAUCUCUGAGCGUACAUUGCAGCAGCAGACAACCGAAGAGCAAGAGGUACAGUUGAAGAAGCUUGUUCAAGAAGUGAAACUGUACAAAGACAAAAGUGAGGAAGCAGAGUUGCUUCGAACUCCGUUGUCUGACCUGAAACUAAAAUUUCAGAAUAAAGAAGAGCAAUGUGAAACCUUAAUACAACAGGCAGCCUCCAUAGAAGAAUUAAAUAGCCGUCAAACUCGUGAGAUAAAUGAAUUAAAAACCUUGAUUAAAGAAAGCGAAACCUCCCUAUUAAAUAAAGAAGUUUUGAUAAAGUCCCAAUUAGAAGAGAAAAGCACAUUGGUUUCCGGUCUCCAGGCUAGAGUGACGGCACUUUCUAAUAAAUUAAAAGAUCUUGAACAGUUGUGUACAGACCAGGACAACACAAUACAAAAUCUGCAAGAAAAGUACGCAACUCUGUACGAACAAAAACGUGCACUCGAACUGUCGCUUGUCAACAAGGAGGAAGAAAUUGCUGAAAUGCAUAAGGUUUCAGAUGAAAAAGAUGCUCGUCUUCAAGCAACCGACCAUAAUGUACAAGCACUUACUAAUGAAAGUAAUCGUCUGAGAGAGGAACUUGACAGAAGUGCCACUAACUUCAAAAAUCUAUCUGAUGCUCUGAAUGAGAACGCAGAUUCAAUGACUCAAAGUCAACAUUCAGUAAAACUUCUAAAGACGGAACUAGAAACGCUGAACACGGAAUACCAGAGGUCUCUAACUCAUCUUCGUGAAUUAACUCAGGAGAAUGAGCAGAAGGAAUUGGAAAUCCUAAAUCUUCAGGAAACCUGCGGCUCUCAAAGCCAACAAAUUGAAAACCUGAAGACUGAGGUAGAGAACUUGAAUUCCUCAUUUUUACAAGUUAAGAGUGAUGCAGCACUACAAAAUGAACAGCUUCAGUUGCAAUGUGAGUCCUUGAAGUGCUCUUUUGAAAAAGAUUUUAAAACUUUACAGGAGGAAAAGGCAUCAUCCUUGUCUAGUCUCCAGAAACAGUUAACGGAAAAGACAGAACUUGUUGAAGAUCUUAAAGAACAAUUUGCCCACCAUGCUCGAGAGUCUGAAGCACAAAUGCACUCUGAAGCCCUUCAACUGAAGAACGAAAAUCAUGAUCUUCGUAAGCAGGUUAGUGGACAUGUUGAAGAGAUCUGUGCUUUGAAAGGGAAAAUAGAAAUUCUAGAUCGCAAUAUUGCUGAACUGCAGCACAAAUCAGAAAGUGUUAACGAGCAAAAUAUCAGUCUAGCAAACAGAAUACAAAGUAAGGAGAAUGCGCUACAGGUUUUGCUUAAAGACCUACAUUUUGUAGAAGAGCAGUUAAGUGUGUUGUGUAGUGAGAGUUUCACAGAAUAUUCUUCCCUUGACGAUCAGUUUGAAUACGAAAGCAAACUAGAGAAGCUUUCGUCAAUGCUUUGUGUAGUUUCAAACUACAAAGCCAGCAUGGCAGAGUUACAGUUAAAACUUGAAGAGAAAGAUCGGGAGAUUGGCGAAAAGUCUCAUUCGCUGCUAGCACUCGGGAAAGAAAGAGACCUUUUGCAAGUUGAUCUUCAAAAGCUGAAAGCAGAAAUAUCAACAAGAGACACUUUAAUGGAAGAAUUAACAGCUCUCAAAGUUGCAAAUAAUCUUCAGCGUUGUGCCUUGCAAGAAAAAGAUGAAAGGUUAGAAAAUUUGAGCAUGCUUAUCACUGAGCUCCAGAAGGAAGUAGCUUUGUCAAAGGAUGAGAUCCAGAAAAAGCACCUGGUGCUAGACAAAGAGAGUCGUAAGGUUCUUGAACUAACUGAGGAUGCCAAGGAAACAGUUUUGCAGGUGCAAACUCUAAAUGUACAGCUAAAUCAACAGAAAGAGCUAAUCACUACCCUCAGUGAGCAGAUGAAGGAAAAGGAUGCAUCUCUUAUGCAGGUGAUGGAAUCUAUGUCUAAUGAAAUGGUUAGGUUUUCAGAGGAGAAAAACAGAUUGCACUUGGAAUGUCAGAAUCUACAGUCUUCUAAUAGUUCGUUUGUAUUAAGAAUAGAGGAGCUGUUGGAGAAUCUGGAAGCUUCUAAAAUUGAACUAGACAUUUCUCAAAAAACACUGGCCAACAAGGAGAAUCUGUUAAGCACCUUAGCAAGUGAGAAAGCAAACCAGUUGGAGAAGUUUAGUAAAGAAAAGGAAAAUCUGAAAAGGAAGCUGCAGGCAGCGCUAGCUGUCAGAAAAGAUUUAAUGCACAAAAUUGAGAAACUGGAAAAGGAUAAAGACGAUGAAAUUUCCAGAGAACAUCAUAAAAAGGUAGAAUUGGAGAAAAUGGUUGAGGAGUUGAAUUGUAAAUUAGAAACCAUGCAGAGUCAAAACUCAGAGCUCCAGUCUUUUGUGCAACUUAAUAAGCAAGAGCUUCAAGAAAGAGAUAUAAAGGUGUGUGAGUUGGGCAGAGUUAUUACUGAAAAGGAAGCUCAACUGGAAGAGCUUCUCAAGAAGGUAUUUGAUUUGCAAGACACCAUCUCUCAGAAAGAAAAUAUGUGUGCAGAAUAUUCAAAAAUAAUUAUUGAGAAAGAACUUUACAUCACUAAAAUCCAAAAUUCCUUGGACCAAAAUCUAAAAAGUUUAGAAAAGGAAAGUCUGGAUGUGCUUGAAGAUCUCAAUUCUCAUCUCGACAUCACAACCAACAGCGUAGACAUCCAUCCAGAAGGGAAAGUUACAUCUGUCACCAAUCUGAUUAAUAAUUCUGCUCAAGUAGAUCAUGUAAACUUGAAUCUGAAAAAUGGUGUGGGUAUUGUUUCCAAAUCUUUAUUUCAAAGCACAGAGUGUGUUGAUGCUACAAAUAAAGAUGAACAUCCAAUUGAUCUGGAAGAUCUUCGUAGCCGUGUUCAGGAAUUCGAACUCUUGAAAGUGGAGUAUGCAGAUUUACAAAAUAUUCACGAAGCUAAAUGCAAAGAGAAUGAACAGAUUACACUACAAAUUCACUCACUACAACUACAAACACAGGAUCUAGAAGAGCAUCUUCUUGAAAACAGAAUGCAGAUGAGCGAGAAAGAACUUAAAUUAGAAGACCAGAGACAGAAACUUGAAGACGUCUCCCAGGAGAUGCAGAAAAUGGAGCAGUAUGAAAAAAUUAUCUUUGAAUUAAAGACAAGUGUACACAAUAAGGAUGACGAGCUUCUCCAUUUAAACUCUCAGUAUGUACAAUUGUUAAAUGAAAGCCGCUUGUUAAAGGAUGAAAUGCAAAAACUGUCUUCUGAGCUAGUAGGAAAACAUGAAGAGAUCUGUGGCAUGAAACGUGUCUUGAGCCAACUGGAUCAAUACAAAGUGGAAAAGGAAACUUUAACAACCGAGAUAACUCAGUUGCAGAAUAAAGUUGAGGCAUCUAGAACAGAAAUUGAAACACUAGAACGAACUGUUGAAAAGUUUAUCUUUGAAAAUGAUGAGUAUUUAGAACUCUGCAGGGUGAAUAAAUGUGAAAUUGAGAAACUGAAGCAAGACCUUGAAUUGUCUAAUAUUGCAUUACUGGAAAAAGGUGAAGAACUUGCAACUUUGAAGGAUUUAUUUGAGACACAGAGAAAACCCUUUGAGGAAGAAAUUAACUUGUUAUGUAGCAAGCUCAAAGACUCUCAAGAGGAAGGCAACCAGCUCCAGAUAUCACUCAGUCAAGCCAGAAAAGAACUAGAAGAAAAUGCAAAAAAUCUUGAAAAAGUUCAUGCUGAGCUACUAUGGCUCAAAACAAACACAACACGUUCCACCAAAGAAGAAGAUAGGUUAACACAGCAGGCAAAUGUUCAAUGGUUAAAUCAGAAAAGUGUCGAUAUUAAUCAAGGGUUGCCUGAAAUUAGAGCAGAAAAUAUCCAGAGUGGAGAUGAUCAUAAUAAAACUGUGUGUGACGCUUGUUCCAGAAAACAAGUUUUGAUUGAAGAACUUGAAAGCAAAAUUCUGCAAAUUACCAAAGAAAGGGCUAGUUUGAUUGAAAAACAAGACAAGAAAUUUGCUGAAGAAUGUAGUGCCAAGGAUCAGGUCCAAAGAAAGUUGCAGGCAGCAUUAAUAUCGCGUAAAGAUUUACUCAAAGAAAACAAAUCCCUGAAAGAGAAAAUAAAUUCCUUAAAUUUAGAAGUGGAUGAACUUAAACGGUCAGUUGCUGGCGUAUGUGAAAACAAUACCUCUGAAUUCUCUGCACUCUCUCAGAAAUAUCAAGAACUGGUUUCUGAGAAUGAUAGACUUUUAUUGGUCAACGAGAAUCUCUCAGCAGCUUGCGAAAGCCUCAAGUCUACCAUGGAAACUAUUGUCCAGGAGAAAGAAGCCUUUUCAUUCCAACUCAACUCUCUGAAGGAUUCUCAGACUGUAGAGUUGUCCGGAUGGAAGGCGAAGCAUGGAGAAUUAAAUAAAGAAUAUGAAUCUCUUCUACAAGCAUAUGAGAACAUUAGUGAUGAAAUUGGUAAAAUGAGGCAAGUGAUAGAAAUGAUAAAGAAAGAAAAACACGAAGUUCUUCACAGAUUUCAUUCAGUGCAGGCAGAAAAUCACGAGUUAGAAAAACAAAUUCAUGAGACCAAUGAAGAGACUGACAAUUUAAGAGCAAAAUUGAAAGCUAGGGAAACUGAGCUGCAGCAUUUGCAAAUGGAGGUAGAUGGGCAGGUGGAUCUAUUAAAAUCUGGACUAGAGCAUAAACUGGAGGAACUCUCUCUUCAGAAUCAACAGUUAAUGGAGAAAAAUAAAGAACUUCAAGACAAUUUUGAAAGUGUAAAAUUGUGUUUAGAAAAUAAAGAAAGAGAAACCCAGAACCUCUUUGUUAAGGAAACCGAACUGGAUAAUUUGCAUAUGGAGCUAGACACGUACAAAGCUGAUAUGGAGUUUAAAAUGUCUGAACUGUUUUCUGAAAAAGACACAUUGAAUAGCAAGAUUUCAGAGUUAAGCAGAGAAAUUCUGGAGAAAGAGCAAAGUUUGGCCAAUAUUUCUAAAGAGAAAUCUGAAUUGCUGGAGAAACUGAGCAACACAGAAGUCUCCAUGACUGAGGAAAAGAGCAUUCUUCUAAAAUUAGAGAGGGACAUCGAUAGUCUUCAUCUAGAAAAGUUGAACCUCAAUGAAAAAGUAAAAAUCUUGGAAGAUGAUAAGGCCCUUCUGCAAGAAGAGAUUGAAAAUAUCCAGGAACAGUUUGACAAGAUCAAAAACGAGCGGGAAAUUUUGGAGACUGAAUUGCUUAAAUCCCGAAAUAAUAACAGUCACUUGUCAGAGAAAUUCAAGUCGCUACAGGCGCAAACAAAUGUUCUUAGUCAACAGGUCGAGUUUCUAAGAGCAGAGAAAAACAACAUAAUGAGAGUUAAGGAAGAACAUCAAUUGCAGCUUCUUAGAGAACUUGAAGAAAGAGUAAAAGUUGCUCAGGAUGACAAUAGGGGGACAAAAAGCAAAUCCAAAGAGUUGCAAGAACUGCUACGAGAGAAACAACAAGAAAUUAAUCAGCUGCAAAAGGACUCUAUAAUUUUUCAAGAACUGAUAUUCGAUCUGGAGGAAUCCUUGAAGGAAUCCAACAGUUGCCUUGAAGAUCUAAAGAAAGAACUUGCCAAUACAGAGACAAAACUAACCACUGCAAGUAAAGAUGCGUUGUCUUUCAGAGAGGAACUCUCGGUGAAGGAGCAUUUGUUGCAAAGUGCAAUGGAUCAGAUUGAAUCCCUUACUGAACAGCUUAGCCGUUUUAGCCCUGCACUUGGAAAGAGUGAAAUGGGUAGAGAAGUGGCUGAAUUAUCUGUUACAGCCAACGGUGAUCAAAGUGAAUCACUUGCUAUGAAAGAAAGAUCUAACAUACAUAGGGAUUUUGGUGAGAAUAGAUUAUCCAUUAAAAACAUUCAUUCAAACGACUUAAAUAAUGUCAGCAAAAGUAAUGGCCUUUUAAAGAAUGUGCUUCAGGAAGGUGGGGAGGUGCUUCUGCACAACCAGAUGGCUAGUCUGUUAAUUGGGAACGUCGAUGAUGUAGAGAAUGAGUUGAAAACAAUCCAGACAAAAUUGAUGCAGAGAGAGGAAGAAAUGGAAAAAGUUAUUUCUGAGCAGGAUAGACUGAAGGCUAGUUUAGAAAAGCAGCUUGCCAUUUCUAGGCACAUGAAAGAGAUUAUAGACAACAAAGAUGCAGAAAUUUCAGUGUUGCUUUUCUCCAAAGAUGGUGAACUGUCCAAUUACUUAUCACAAGUACAAAGUCAGCACAGGAAGCAGGUAGAAGAUUACGAGCUUCGGCUGAGCUCCUUCCAGGUAGAGAAGGAAAAGGCAAAUAAAGAAUACAAGAUGGUAGAUAGAGAAUUGAAAAGGCUCCAAGGAGAAUAUGAAAAGGCUAUACAGGACAAGACUUUGAUUUCUAAUGAAAUUGAGGCCUUUAGAAAAUCUAUGUCUUCACUUCAAACCGAUCGAGACCUGCUGUGCUCGGAAUUAAAGGAUAUGCAUCAUCACCACGAGAUUCUACUUAACCAGAAAGAUGGCAUGAUUAUUUCCACAGCUAGCGAAAACAAUUCCCUGAAACAAGAGCUCAGGAUGGCGCUUAAUCAAUUAGAUGACCUUAAUGCAGAAAAUGCCAUGUUGGGAGCACAGCUGGUCAGGUACAGGGAGGAUCUGAACCAAGUAUUGUCCAUGAAAGACCAUCAACUAAAAGAAAUAUUGAGACAAAAACUCGACCACAUCAAAAACUUAGAGCAAGAAAUCUACGACCUCCAGAAGCAGAGCAGAGAGAUGCAAAGUAACAAUUCAUUGCUUAAGCAGGCGGCCGACACAUUGGACGCGGAAAACCAGAAGUUAAAAUCUAAAGUAAGAGAUCAGGAAACACUCAUUGCUGCAAUAAACAAAGAGAAAAUUUUUGUAGAAUCCAAAGAAAACCUCAGCUCUAUUCUGCGGGAUGAACAAUCUAGGAACAAUAUUUUACAGCUACAGAACGGAUCCAGUAGUCAGGCUGGGGUAAAGCAAAAUGUAUAUUACAAGGACAUCAAUGAAACGAACUCUGGCCAUUCGGAGACAGAAGGAGAAAUGUCUGAUAGAUCUUCUGAAGACAUUUACAAAGAAAACAAAGAACUUAAAUCUCAGAAUGAAUCAUUUGGAAAGGCAAUGGCUGCGCUACAGAAUAACAGAGACUCUUUGAUUGAAGACUUUAAAGUACUGCAGUGGAGAUACGCCGGCGAGCUGAAAGCAGAAAAGAUACGAGGAGAUGACCUUGAAAGACAGCUGGGCGACUUUAAAUCCCAUCUUUACAGUAUACUGAAAAAGAACUCCCUCCUCGACGAGACUCUUCUUGCCAAUGAAAGCAAAGUGACUUGCGACCAGCUGACAGAUGAAAUAGAGUCUGUCUGUAAUAGACUAGCAAGCAUGGGUUUGGAGGUCAACAGACUUUCCUCUGAGUGUACAAGUUAUACUCAGCAGAUUGAUGCCUUUUCAAAAUCCAUGGCAAGCCUCCAGCAUGACAGAGAGAGAUUACUCCAUCAGCUCCAGGUAGGAGCCAUAGUCCGGGAUGUUAAACAAGGUACAGCUUCCACUAAAGUGCCUUCAAAUGUACAGGAGACAGAAUACUUGACUAUGGAUUUGUCCCGUUCCCAAACUGAUACAGUGACACAGGUAAGGAUCACUGUUAGAUGUUGAUUCUCCCCUAACACCCUCGGCCAUGCUGCUCAGAUUGUGGUAAAGAGUAUAUCUAGAGAUGUUAGAAUGCGUAUGUAAAAGUUAUGAGGCCUGCCUAUUUCUUUACUUUUAUAUCUUAAGAAAGUCUGUAUUUUAUAAAAGAGGGCUUCCAUUUGUUCUAAUCUAAGCAUUUUCUGGUCACUGAUCCAAGAUUUAAAUCCUAUCUGUAUUGGAUUUAGCUCAAGUCACUGAGCAAUCCGACAAAAGAAGCUUGUUUUUCAAUAGGAUAGGUUGGGAACCUUUCCUGUCUUCUCUCCCUGAAUCUCUUAAUACCCACUUUUCUGAAAUGUACUGUUUCACAACUUUUACAUAUGCAUUCAGACGUGUGUCAGAAUGCUGCUUAAUAUAAAAACUACUUCCUUAUUAAGUUGCUUAUAUCCUUGCAUGUGAAACUUUUCCCUUGGCUUUGCAUGCAUGGAUGUUCUGUCAUAUUCUUUCCCUAUUUGUUUAGCCUGUUCUUCUUUGGGCUGCGUGUUCUAUUGGUGUAAACAUAGACGUUAAAUGCUACCUGACGGUCCAGUUUUUAUGGUGAAUGCUGUAAGAUGUAUGUCUGUUGUACCUGUUUGUAUUAUUAGAACUCAAAGUAUUUUGUGCAUAUGCACGUCUCUGUGCUGUCCGUUGUAAUGUAAAUUAAUUUACAGUGACUUUUUAUUACCUUUUGCUUUCAGGUAACAGACUCUGUCAGCAACUUGACAAGUGAAUUAUCAAAGUCAAGACCAAAGAUGGAAGAGUUGGCGAGAUUACUGCAAGAAGCAAAUAUUUUACAGGAAAAAGCAGAGCGAGAGAUUACUUCCUACCAGUAUGAACUAGCAGAGUUAAGGUAAAAAAAAAAAAAAUACCUGCUUCACCCUCACCAUGUAUGUGUAACAGCUCCCAAGACAUCUUUGUCAAUGAGGUUUUUUUUUUUUGCAUUUGUGCAGCAAGCAUGAUGUCGAAUUAGGAGGUAGUUUAGCAAAAUUGUAAGUAAAAAAAAAAAAAAUCUGAGAAUUUACUUGGUUUUACGGUUAUUGUACAACCUAAUUUCCAAGGUGAAAAGGCUUCCCUUUAGCAGUUCAAGGAACUCCAGUAUCUAACACAGAGGAUCAACCUCUCCGCUUUACAUAUUAUUUAUAAAGUGCCAACACAUUCUGCAGCGAGUUGGACACACAGGAACAGAGGGGUUGAGAGCCCUGCUCAAUGAGCUUACAUGCUAGAGGGAAUAAAGUAUAGUGACACAAACGGUAAGGGUAGGGGUAGAAAUGUAGGUUGUGAGGAUAGUGUUCACUGAGUGCUUAGUGUUUUUUGUUUUGAUGACCGUUGCAGGAUAUGAAUCCGGAUGUGAGGAGGUAAAGCUGUUCAGUUUAAUUGAAAUGAUUUCCUGAAGAUGUAAGUUUUCAAAGAUUUAUUGAAGGAUUGGAGACUGGGUGAAAGUCUAAUGCCUCGUUUCCACUGAGCGGAUCAGUUCGGUACGGUACGCUAUUUUGAGUGUUUCCAUUAUGAAAGUGGGCCAUACAACCGAACCGUACCAUUCAGGGUCCUGCUUCAGAUAAAGGGCCAUAGGAAAUGGUACGGUACAGUUAGGGCGGAGCUACUAUACAAUCCAUUGAUUGGAUGACACACUAGGCAUUUUUUCUAAACCCUGCAUGACCUCUGAAGGUCUGACUUGCAGUGGAAACACUCACCUGAAUAGGCUAGACCAUUCUAAACCUUCCAAACUGUACCGACCCGAACUGAUCCGCUCAGUGGAAACGAGGCAUAACAGAGAGGGGAAUGGUGUUCCAUAGGAAUGAUACAGCCCUAGAGAAGUCUUUACGGUGAACAUCAGAGGUAGGAGUACGGACAGAGGAUAGACAUGGUCUUGGGCAGAGCAUAGUGGUCUAGAUGGGGGAAAUAUUUGUGUUUUAGUGAGGAUAGUUGGGUUGGAGAGGCUUGUGUAGAGUUUUGUAAGCAAGUACCAGGAUCACCUAAAUAGUGUUUUUAACACUAUAGGUCUUCCUGACCCUAUAGUGUUCCUUUAAUGCCCUUUUCCAAGAGCAGUUCUUGAUUACUAAUGGGUGUUUCUGUUUAACGUUGACUUAUUUUUAUUGCUUACAAACAUUUGCGCCAAAUAGGUUGUUCUCAUGGUAUAACUGAGGCUGAAGACUUUGUUAAAGUUAGUUACCUUUAUUAGCUAAACCUCAAAUUAAACACAAAUGGCAAAAUUUAGGUAAAUAUAACCAAUUUGUGAUUAGAACUGAAUUAGAGAAUUUUGCCAUUCAGAUUUAAUUCACUGAGGUUACCAAAUAACACUCAUAUCAUCUUGUAAAAAAGAUUCCUGUGUUCAUUUAAUCAGAAUCUCUACCAUCAAACAAAUUAAAUAGACUAGAACAUGACUAUGGUAUGCUGAAAAUCAUCAUUUAAAAAAUAUUUUUAUAAAUGAUUUUACUAAAUUAUGUUUUGUUUAUAAAGAGCAUUCAGAUCCUUUUUUAAAGGUCAGCUUUUUGUGUUUAACAACCAAAAAUAAGAGGAUAAAAAAGGUGCUCACAAAUAUUUAACAUUAUAAAAAUUAGAUUUAUAUCCCUUCAAAAAGUGCAAAAUAUUUUGUGCAGAUGAUCAAAUUGCAAGAAUAACAGUGUAACCUUCUAUCUAUUUAAAGUGCAAGUCAAUAGUAAAUAGCAAUCAGUGUGUGCUUAUUGUGACAAAAUUGCAGCAGCCAAAAAAGAAUCUAAGUAAAGAUCCCCCGUGCAUAAGCCAACCCAAAAUGUUGGUGCGCAAAACAAAAAUAUACAAACUUGAUAUUUCUAUAAUGUGUUUUAAAGGUUCAACAAUUAUAAAGACAAAAAUCUAGUACAGAGCAUCUACGCACUUUAAAAACAUUAUUCAGAUAAAAAUCUUAUGGUAUCAAACUCUGCAUUUGAGUGGAUUGUGUGUCACUCUCACUUUAAGAGCCCGGGAGGGAUCAAGCUCCUUGAGUUCGGUGGAUCCACCAGACAUAAACCGGACUGCAGACCGAGACUGUCAGUAUUUGUGAGCCUUUAUUAUUUCUAAAGUAGAGUUAAAACCAGGGCCGGACUGGGGAAAAAAUUAGGCCCGGGCAUUUUUCAAUCAGAGCGGCCCCCUAAGAAGGGGGCGGGGCCAGAAAGUGUGUGUUUUGUCAUCACUAAUGACAACAUGCCCCCUCUCAAAGUGAGCAUGUUGGUUCAAUGCGCAGAGCCCUGCUAAAGAGCUCUGGCACUAGAAAAAGGCCCUGAAUUUAUUCUGCGCAGCGCAAGCAAAUUUAAUAACAUGCUUGCGCUGUGUUUGCUUUUAAAUUGUCUCUGGUGUCUCCACAAGUGGGAUACCAGAGGACAAAAGGGCCAGGAAAGUGCAUGGUGCAUAUGUUUGGAGCCUGCUUGUGGGAUUGCGUGUGUGUAUUGUGGUAUUGUAUAAAUAGGUCAAUUUAAUUUGUGUUUGUGGUGUAAUAUGUGUGGCUAGGGGCUGUAGAGAGUGUGGGAUGCAGCGAGAGAGUGCAUACGGGCUGAAGUGUAUGUGUAUAGGUGACGUAGUGUGUGUAGGGGUUACAGAGAGGGUGUGUUUAGAGAAUGUUGUAUGUGUUUGCUGACAAGGAAUGUAGUGUGUGUGUGUGUAGGAGAUCUACUGUGUAAAGGACCCAGUGUGUGUGUGUGUGUGUGUGUAGAGGAUUAAGAGUGCAUAUAGGGUAAGGGAUCUAGUGUUAUCUGGAGCGUAAUGUGUGUAGUGGUGCAGUGUGAGGGGUGCUGUAGUGUGUGUGUGUGUGUGUGUGUAUGUAUAUAUAUAUAUAUAUAUAUAUAUAUAUAUAUUUGGACUUAUUGUAUGUGUGAGGGGCGCAGUGUGUGUAUGUAAGAGGGGUGCUGUGUGUGAGGGUGUUUUUAUCUGCUGUCACAUUCUAGGUUUCUAAUUUUCUUUGUCUGUUAACUCACUGAGGGUUAUUUUAUAUAUAUAUAUAUAUAUAUAUAUAUAUAUGUGUGUGCUGUAUAUGUGUGGGAGUGUGCUGUGUGUCUGAGUGAGGGUGCAGUGUGUGUCUGGGGGUGCAGUGUGAGUGAGGGUGCAGUGUGUGUCUGGGGGUGCAGUGUGAGUGAGGGUGCUGUGUGUGUCUGGGGGUGCAGUGUGAGUUUGGGUGCUGUGUCUGGGGGUGCUGUGUGUGUGUCGGGUGCGCUGUGUGUGUUUGGGGGUGCUGUGUGUGUCUGGGUGCUGUGUGUGUCUGGGUGCGCUGUGUGUCUCUGGGGGCACUGUGUGUGUGUGAGUGUGAAUGUAUUUAUUUAAAUUUAAAUAUUUAUUUUAUUAAUAAAAAAAAAUAUAUAUAUAUUAUAUCCCCCCCCCAGGGGUGCUGUGUGUGUCUGUCUGGGUGCUGUGUGUGUCUGUCUGGGUGCUGUGUGUGUCUGGGUGCACUGUGUGUGUCUGGGGGUGCUGUGUGUGUCUGGGUGGGCUGUGUGUGUCUGGGUAGGCUGUGUGUGUCUGGGGGUGCUGUGUGUGUCUGGGGGUGCUGUGUGUGUCUGGGUACUGUGUGUGUCUGGGGGUGCUGUGUGUGUCUGGGUGCUGUGUGGGGGUGCUGUGUAUGUCUGGGGGUGAUGUGUGUGUCUGGGGGUGCUGUGUGUGUGUCUGGGUGCUGUGUGUGUGUCUGGGGGUGAUGUGUGUGUGUCUGGGUGCUGUGUGUGUGUCUGGGGGUGCUGUGUGUGUGUCUAGGUGCUGUGUGUCUGUGUGCUGUGUCUGGGUGCUGUGUGUGUCUGGGGUGCUGUGUGUCUGGGGGUUGCUGUGUGUGUCUGGGUGCUGUGUGUCUGGGUGCUGUGUGUGUCUGGGGGUGCUGUGUGUGUGUCUGGGGGUGCUGUGUGUGUCUGGGUGCUGUGUAUGGGUGCUGUGUGUGUCUGGGGGUGCUGUGUGUGUCUAGGGGGUGCUGUGUGUGUGUGUCUGGGGGUGCUGUGUGUGUGUCUGGGGGUGCUGUGUAUAGGGGAUUCUGUGUGUGUCUGGGGUUGCUGUGUAUGGGGGUGCUGUGUGUGUGUCUGGGUGCUUUGUGUAUGGGGUGCUGUGUAUAGGGGUGCUGUGUGUGUGUCUGGGUGCUGUGUAUAGGGGUGCUGUGUGUGUCUGGGUGCUGUGUGUGUCUGGGGGUGCUGUGUGUGUCUGGGUGCUGUGUGUGUCUGGGUGCUGUGUAUAGGGGUGCUGUGUGUGUCUGGGGGUGUGUGUGAGAGUGUGAAUGUAUGUUUUAUUUAAAUUUAAAUAUUUAUUUUAUUAAUAAAAAAUAUAUAUAUCCCCCCCCCCCCUUCUUACCUUUAUCCUGGGAGGGGGGGGGAAGAGAUCCGUUUUGCCAGGGGUGCCUUGAGGGGAGCCAUGCUGCCUUCCCUGGUGGUCCAGUGGUGAGAGUGAACUCUAACCUGCAGGUUAAAGUUCACUCUCGCGAGAUCUGAGCGUUGCCGCGGCAACGCUCAGAAUCCCGCGAGAGGACCCGGCGGAGCUGCUGGUUAGAGCUCCGCCGGUCCUCUCUCCUCCCUGCCUCCCUCCCUCUCCCAGCCGGCGGCCGCAUCUCCCUGUCUGUGGGCCGGUGAGGGAGAUCUUUGAUCUCCCCACCGGCCCAUGGAUUCACACAGCAGGGCCGGCGCUCGGGUAGCGCUGACCCUGCAGGGGCCGGCCGGGGAGAUCCCCUGCCGGCCUCGGCCCCACGGCCAUCGCGGCCCACCGGGCAUUUGCCCGGUAUGCCCGAUGGCCAGUCCGGGCCUGGUUAAAACCAUUUAAAACAAAUAUUAAAAUAAUAGUAAAGCUCUUUGUAACUAGUCGCUCAGCGGCUCUUCCUUGCUCAGUCUUGUCUCCCCUCACACGCACUUCUCUCCGCCUCCGUAGCGUUUGAGAAAGCUCCGGGGGGGCGGAGAGAAUCGGAGGUUUUUAAUACUAUAGUUUAUAAUUAUUGCUGGUGCUGCAGAUCAUGUUGAUUGGGCUGGUAUCCCCUCCACAUAUUGAGUGGCAUACAGGGUUAGUACUAUUUAGGGCUAAACAUUAGAAACAUCAAUACAUAUCAUGUGGUUUGGAUUAACUUAUUUUUAUUAUAUGCUGAAAAUAUUUAACUUGUUUUUGCAAGAUCCGAGAAGAAUCUUCUUGCAAAAGAAGCCCAAGUACUUCGCCAGCAAUUCACUGUGAGCCUUGCAGACAGAGACCGUCAAAUUGCAGAACUGCGCAAAACCUUAAAUGAAACAUUGCCUUUAGAUAGGUCUCAUGGGGCAAAGGUAAGAGGGCACGGAGAGUAUCUUAUAUUCUCCAAACAGACAUGUAGGUUUUUUUUUCCUUAACUUCAGCAUGACAAAUAAUUUAAAGUGGCCAGGCCAAGCAUCUUCUACGUACUUUACAUCAUUAUGUGGUAAUGCGGUAUAAGCUUUCCGGUAGGGUUUUGGUCAAUAAAAAAUAAGAACAAUUGGAACUGUUGUGGAGCUGUGCUGCGGGAAAGUCUAUUGUUUUAUCAUACGUCUUACUCUGUUCCCGUGGUGUGUUUAAGCAUCUCCAACCCAUACCUUUGAUGGCACACCUCUGUAUGCUAUUUUACACUUCAAACCGUUUGCCCAUAGCACCAUUCCGUACAGACAGCAUUAGUUAAUCAGUACUGCUAGCCAAGACUCAUUCGGCAGGAAGUUCAUUUGCUUUGGUUUUCGCAAGAGGUUUUAUUUUCUUCUUACUUUGAUAAGAGGGCUAGGAAACUCAAUAUUUCCUGUAAAUUCUUUAAUUAUCCUAAAAGUAGAAUGCACUCCACUCUGUUGCAUCUUUCAAACUGCUUAUGAAUUAAUAUAGUCUAUAAUUAUGCUUGGCUCCCCCUCCCCCCCUCUUCUCUCCCACUAAAGUCUGCAGACAUAGAUAUUCAGUAACACAGCUCCGCGUUCUCAUCCCGCCAGUGAUUAGCGAUUAAUCCACGAUCAAAAAGGUAGAAUUUCUAUUCGUUACCAAUAAAGAAAUACUGUAACAUGUAUGUAUCUUUUUAGCAGAAUUUGGAGAGAAUUACCGUAUUGGGAAGUGCAACUGCAACAGAAAAAGGGAGUACGCUAUCAAAUGAUCAGGGACCACAAAAGAAUGACUAUCAGCAGUACCUGCAAAGUAUACAACAGAAGGAUCGACUCAUACAGGAGUUAAACGCUAAAGUAAGUGAUUUACAUGUAGAACAGAUUAAAUUCUUCAUUGUUAAAGCAAAUAGAGGGGGGGGAAAGAUAUGCUGUAGCUGCUGUUUAAUUUCAACACAAUGAAUAUUUACUUUACACAAAAUGUAUUAAAAAAUGUGUCCAUGCUCCCAAGAAUAAUACUAUUUUAUUACAGAUAUUUCAUUAGUAGAUUUGUUUAAAAAGUCCAAACAUUUUUUUCAGUGUUGUACAUUGAGUACUUUAAUUUUAACUAGACAAACUGGUACCAAAUCAAACGAGAGCCUUCACUGUGAACCUAAAAGCUUACUUUUAUAUUUGUUCGGAAGCUCACGAGCCGUCUGGCCACGUACUUUUAUACAAACUAAAAGAAGGCAAAUUAUGCGAAAUCUGUAUCACUUUGUGCUCUCUCUCUCUCUACGUCCUUUCAGCUUGGGCAUUUACUUUGCUGCUACGUUCGCUCCACCAGUGAAGUCUAUUAUGAACAUAAUGUUUUUUCAUUGCACAUUAUUCAGGGAUUAGCAGGCCCAUAGUAAUUUACUUACUUUAUUUGUGAUCCAGCGUUACAGCAGUGUAAUUUCAGUAUGUAUCUGAAAAGUAUAUAAUAAAAAGACUGCAAGUUCACAUUAUUACAUUAGCCUGUGACAAAGAAAUAAUUAUUGCAGUCACGUUACAAAACCAUGUCUUUUGAGAAGGUUUUGUAACUUUUCCACUUGACCUGUAAAACAUUUUUUUUGGAUGCGAAGUCUGUACAUUUAUUACUUUUUCUUUUUUUCUCCCAGGCGGUGGAAGCAGUACAGAUGAACACUGUGCUGUCAGCUCAGCUAAAGACUGUGUCACAAGGUCUGAGAGAUACCCAGAUGAGAUAUAGUGACCUGCAGAACCAGCACUACAAGCUUCAGAGAGACCUUCAGAGUGUGCGGGUUACUAACCAGGUGCGGUCAUAUAUAAUAAAUUAUAUAGAUGUUCCGAGGAAAAGCCCUAAUACGUUGGCAUUAAACAAUAUAUAUGUAUUUUAAAGUGUAAAUAAUCUGGUAUACAAGGGUAGAGGCGGAUUAAUCAGCCUCAACCAAUUAAUGAUAAUGUACGGAUGGUAUAAUUUGUCUAUAGUGGAAGUUGAUUGCUGUCAAUACUUUGUCUAUGGUAUGAUUUGUAAUAGCAGAGAUGCUUUUAUUAAACUCAGCACUUUGUUCGCAAAGAUGAAUUGAUGUAAUUGUGAGGUUUUUGUGUUUUGUAUUUCUUUUGCUGUGUCAAUGAGAAAUGUCUGCUCCUAUGGUGGCACCUCAGGGCAGUGUAGUUAGGGAGAUAAACUCAUUAGAACCAUCAUCUAUGACACCUCAAAACAUCUUGCUUUGUCAGGGACCACGUCCAUCUUCAAAACGGAGUCUGUGAAAGAUUUCUCAAGCUCACAGGUUCUUGCAUUGCACAAUAGGAGGUCAUAAGCAUUUAUUGCACAUCAAAGGUAAAGAUGUAUGUUCCCAUCAACUGGUCUCUUGUCAGGUGACUGCGGGUAAUGGACAGGGCAGCAAUUGGGCUGCAAAAAGUCACUGGGACUGCAUGCUAGACUGUGCAGGUUGACUUGCCAGCUGGAUUCAGCUCUACAACUAUUAAAAUGACCAGCACCAAAGACUAGGGAAGUCAGAAAUGAUACGAGUGAGAUAGCUGUACAUUUGCUAGAUUGCUUAAAUGCAUGGUCUCUUUUCGAUUACAGUUAGGAAACUCCUCUUUCACUGUGUAACAUGUAGAUCCAUAUCUCGUGGUAAUGAAUGAAGUACAGCUCAUCAUUCUAACUGAAGCUUUUGAUUCCACGUUGACAUUGACAAAUUUGUAACAAAAAGCUAUUGAUUUUUCAAGCACAUUUUCCCUGUUGUCUCUUGUAUUUCUAAAUGAUAAACUGUGUCUUACAGAAUGACUCGCGAGCAGCGGUUCCCUCCGAUGCCCCCCAGGAGGGAGCAAAUCUUCCUGCGCAAAUGGAUAAUCCUGAACUGGCUGACCUGCAGAGAAGGUUUGUUAAUUGUCAUGCUGGCCCCUACAGGGGGAUUGUCCCUCUAUAUUAUGAAAUCAGACGCAAUCUUUUAUCAAUGAGAAAAUACUUCCUUUAAAUAGAAAAACUAAAACCUCCUGCUAUGUCUUUCAGUGAUCAGAAUUGUAUUUAAACUGCAGUGCGUAGGGCAGGAGGGACUAUUUCUAGAUUAUUAAUGCCAUCGCUUGGCCAGUUUAUCAUGUUGUGUGCCUUAUCUGAAGUUGUGCCUGUUAUUGUAUUUUUUGUUGUUUCUAUCCUUUGUUUUUGUAGAACUAUAUUUAUUUGCCGCUUACAUAUCAUUUAUCUCUUCCCAUUUGUGUUUUCAUUUUAAAUGCCAGAUGUGGUCAGGGCACGGCCCUGAAUGUGAAUUCUCGCUAAGCAAAGGAUUUAUAAGAUUGCAGAAUUCAAGCCAGGUUUUAAACCUAUGCUGUUUUUCUGCCACUGAUAGAAUAUAUAUAUAUAUAUAUAUAUAUAUAUAUAUAUAUAUAUAUAUAUAUAUAUAUGAUUUACGUUGACAUGAAUUACAUUUACAUUUCUGGUACGUUAUCUGGCACAAUCCGAUACUUAGUAUACAUGGUAGAUAACAUGGGUUUUGUAUAUUACGUGCAUAUUUAUAUAUUGCUUGGUAGUCGAAGACUUAUACACAAGGCCCGCAAGCGGGCGCAUUAGUCCCAUCUGUAUGGUUUUUGAUACUGAGUAUUAUCAUGUCAACUUUGUUUUUUGUUUUGGUUUUUUAAAUAAGAAAAAACACAUAUUCUUUUAAAAGCUUCAAUUCCUCUGCCACUUCUUUGCAUUUUGGGGGAUAUGUCUCAAAGUGUUCUGAAAAAUGACGGUUCCAUUCUUUUGUUAUUUUGAACGCAUUUAUUUAUUUUUAAAAAAUGUUUCUGUAAUAGUAAAUUCCUGCAGUUUUCUCAGAAAAUUAAAUUUCUGAAAACUCCCAAAGACAGGAAGAAAAUAAAUCUUUGCUGUUGGGGAAAACAAAAAGUGGUGGGAAGAACUGAUAAAUCCGUAGUCAAAAAACUGGUGUAUUUUAAAAAUGACAAGGCUCAGAAAAGCAAAGUUACAUUAAAGAAAGUAGAGGGUGGUUUGUUUUGUGGAGGUUUUUUUUUUUUUUUUAUUUAAACAUUUAUUUUUUUUAUUAAUUAUCCAUAUAACCGUUUUUAUAUUGUUGUAUAAUAGAAAGGUUUCCAUUUUAGACCAAAAUAAGCCAAACUGAAAGCAUAGCUGAUUUGGAGCUUUUUCCACAUUCAUUUUGCAUUCCUGACUAUUUAGUAGAUAAACUGGUAUGUCAUGAGGAUGACUCCACCAGAAUACAAAGGAGGAUAGCCUUUCUAAUAGAGAGUUACAUUAGUCAGUUUAUAGCAUGUGCCAAACAGUGAAUCCAGAUCCUUUAACACUGUACUGGUAUUUCCAUUAAAUUAUAACUCAAAUCUGAGAUUACUAAUGUAUACAAAAUACAAUUCAAAAAUAAAGUGGUGUAGGUGCCCUUAGAGUUCCUUUAUCUCAAUUUCUGACAGCCACUGGAGUAGCUUCCACAAGAUAGUGGGAUAAAAUGCCACAAUUUCAUUCAGAUGGUCUCAGAUCAGCAUUUUCCCGUAUGUGUGUGUGCACUCUCAUCCCAAUGCUUUUAUAUGGACGGAGCUUCCUCUAGGAGAUCGGUGCUACCUGGGAUCGAUGUUGAAUAAAAUCACCUUUUUAACCCAGUCAUAUAAAACAAUGGCAAGGUAAUGCUAGCACUGGGAAUGCACAUUUGUAUUUGUAACACUAUAGAGUUCCUUUAAUGUGGUACAGAGUUCACAUGUUGCUUUGAUUGUUUUGUGACACAGGCUCGCCAACACGGAGCUUCUUUAUGAAUCUACCCAGCGAGAGCUGUCUCACCUGUCCGAGAGAUUAUUGGAGGAGAAGACCCUGAGGGAAGCGGCAGAAGAGGCCUUGACCCUGGCCGAGCAACAGUGUGAAAGGUCCAGUAGUAAUCGAAUACUAAGUGCAGGAAGAAAAUAGAGGAAUGAAAAGGGCCUACUGCUUGCUCAUUUGCAUAUAUACAAAUCCUUGACUUUUUUGCAUAUUUAAUAUAGCCUUAUGUUUAUCCUAAGAAUUGUAAUAGUUUAUUUAAUUAUAGCCUAAUCUGCAGCACUGUUGUUCCUGUGUCUACCACCCAGUGUGUAAAACCAAUGCUUCGAAUAUUUUGGAGAUACUUUGUUUAUUUUAGUAGCAUGUGAACACUGCAUAUAAUUAGCAGUAACAACAUCCCCAUUCAGUGUUAACUGUUGCAUUUAUAAUGAAGCAGAUGAUUUUUAAUGUAUUAUCAUUACACAACUUCAUAUAGAAACUAGACCUGUAGAUCUCUUUGAAUUAUGUAAAUUCACAUUCUUUGAGAUGAAAUGUCCUAUCUGUUCCACUAGAACAUCUGGCAAAAACAGAGUUCUCAAAGUUUCUAUUCAAUGUCUUUGUUUCAGGCUAGAUGGGAAGACAUCUUCCAGAGAUUUUGAUUUCUCAAUCCAGAUGGAUUCUGAUGACGAGCGAGAAGCCUUAAUCAUUGAUCCGACUCAGAAUAUAGUGCUACGCAAGGUUAGUAUCAAAAUGUAGCAUUAGAUCCCAGCACCAUAACUACUACAUAUUAAUUUAUUUUUGUGUCACCGUUUUCAAGUGGUUUGACAUGAACUGGGUCCCUAAAAAAAAAAAAAAAAACUCCUCCAGUUCAGCCAUCAUAAUAUGGAAGCAUCACCCUGAACUUGAGAGACCCAGGAGUGAUCACCAGUCAGCCUCCAGGCGUCUUGUGGGUGUGUUCACUGUAUUUCCUGGUUGAAACGGUCCUGGUGUCUGGCCCUGUCCCACUCCUAGAGCUGAAUGUGCCAUGGUGUAGCUGUGGUGGCUUUGGACAAGUGUCUCCUUGGGGUGCGGAAGCGGUGUAGGGCAACUGAGCCCAUAAGUGGCCGCAGCCUGCAGAAAACUAACAACUUCCUUAGGUCCUUUUGUUUGUGUGAUUUCCACCGGGACGUGUGUUGGUGCUGCAGUCUCCCAACUUAGCAGCCGUGCCCAGAAAGCCUUGCCUAUAAGGUUAAAGGCCUUUAAAGAGUCCUCUAGGGGUCUUAGGUGAUGUUGAGCCAUGAGCUGCAGGUCUAGAGUGAAGCUGGUGAGUCUUGAAAUAGCUGAUUAGGUAGGUAUAAGUCGAGGAGUGACUGAUAAUGUAGCCUGAGCAGCACUCAGAUAAGGCUCGUAGGCACGCAGUCUCAAUAGACCUGGAAAACCGCGGUAAUUCCAGACAAGACUGUGCACCCAGUAGUAGCAACCUUCACUCAGUGUAGGUGACACAAAACCAAAUGAGAAAAUCGGCUGAAAAUCUAGUAUUUUUGUUUAAUUUGCAAGAUCAGUCAAGGAGCCUCACCGUCCUGCUCGGUCAGCAGUGACGCUCUUUCCCCCUUUAAAACAUAAUUUAGAUUAUUUCCUCUCCACCUCUGGGAGAUGAUCCCUACUGAUAGAGAAGCUUUGAGACACAGGGCACGUGUGCAACUCCUGCAUACUUUCUCGAGAGAAGCCCCCACAUCCACUUUGUGCUCUCGUAGUGAGGAAGAUCCACCGCUGGGUGACUGACAGCCAGAUGGAUGCAAUAGAGAUUUCUCUUCAAAGCAUUCGCCCCCUUAAAAUGCUUUGGGAGUUUGAAGCGUUCCUUUAAAAUAUCUGCAUUAUCACUGUUAAUAUUGUCCAGCCUGGACAGCAUUGGCUAAGUGUGCAGAGCUAACCCUCCCCACUAUUCUCAGCCAGUCAAUCAAUGUAAGAGUGAUAGGAGCAGUCCCUUUGUCACAUUUUUCCCAGGAAAGCAAGGAAUCAUCGAACAGUGCAAGGACUGCACUCCCUACCAGGUCCGGUCAGCAGUGAUCAGUUAAUUGUGUGUGUGUGUGUAUAUAUAUUUUUUUUCAGGGUGCCAUUUCAAAACACACAGUAAUAGUGUUUCCCUGGGGAGGUGGAUAAACUCUAAAACACCAUAAAUAAAAAUCGGUCUUAAGACUAAUUUAGGGUGACUAGAAUGCUCCCUCCCAUAUUCUCUAUUUUGGUAAGAACAUUUACACUAACUUCUAGUGUUUGUACUUUCUUUGUUAUUAAAUCUGUGUAAUAUGUAUAAAAUUGUGUUUUGUUUUUAGAUGAGAGGAGGAGCUGUUUCAUUACGGAGAUGGUUGCGAGGUCGAAGCCUGUAUUGUUCGAAGCUGCUGACCUCCCGGUCCAAAUCUCGCACCCUAUUUCUGUGCUAUCUACUCAUUCUGCACGCAUUAGUCCUCAUGUGCCUGACCGGAGUUUUAUAG